AGAACCGGUGAAAAAUUUCUAAUUUUGUGUCUGAAAAUAAAUUAGUUGUUUUAAAUGCUUACUCAUUCUAAGGAAAGUAAGCUCAGAAUCAAAAGUGUUUCUUAUAAUGAAAGAGAAUGGUUGGCAAUUUAGUUAGGUAGCAAGGGAAAUUUUUAGACACGUGUUGAGCAGUCAUAUAAAUAUAGUGAAACUUGCUUCCAAAGAUUCUGUUAUGGACAUGCAUACACAUUUUUAAGCUGUCACCUCAGGAACUACAGAGAGAACUCAAAUGCAUGUGGAGUCUAGUAUUCCCUUUAGCUGGGACUUUGAGUUCAGUAAUAAGAUACAAGAUUGAAGGACUGUUUAGGAAUAUUUACUAAUCAACAGUAUAUCUGGUUUUGAGGUCAUUAGAUAUGCCUAGAAUUUUAUGUAGUUCUGUAUACUGCAACUGAACUUUUUGGAAUUUUCUGUUGUUAGGAGUGAAGUAGUUUGUUUUUAAAGAGAGUGCUGAAUCAUGUGUGACUCUUGUUGAAAUACUUGCCUGCGCAUUCUUCAGCCUGGGCAACUGGGAACCCUGCUUCCUGUUGCGAAUGGGCUUACAGGAUGUUUUGCUAAUAAAAGAUGAGGCAGUUGUGGAGGCUUAUUUGGUUGGUACUUUGCUAAUGUUGGAACAAACUGUAGUUGCCACUUUAUCCACCAGCAGAGGAUAAUCUGGAUAAGUAAGAUAUGCGUGAGUAGUUAUUUCUUUUUAACAGAAAUAAGAAGUCCUUAAGCGUUCUUUUUGUCUUAACAGUGCUUGGGUAUUACUAGUUCUGAUCACUGCUGAUCCUUAGAUGAAACGAAUGUUCAUGUAGGAACAAGAGAUAAACUGCUAGAUAGGUAUGUUAAUGAUAGAGAAUGACGUGUGACAUAGCAUGAAAGUGAGUGACACUUGUUUUCUGGUGUGAUAAAGCGAUGAUGCAAAAGGAAUGGAGGGAUAUUUAAAAAAAAAAAAAAAAAAGUUGGGUACUCUGACUCUGCAGACGAUCUUUAUAGUUGGUGUAAUGUGGUGUUACCUUCAGGUUGGAACUGUAUGAGUUACAUACAGGUAGUGGCUGUGGAAAGCUGACAUGUAAAGUCAAAGAAACUCCAGCUCCCUGGUAAAAAGCCACUCAUUGUGAUUCAGGCUUUGUCUAUACCGAGGUUUCAGCUGUAUUAGAGCAAGUUCAAAAAAGAACUUUUUUUGUUUCAUGCAACUUUACCUGUGACUGAAAUACCACUGUAGAUGUAUAACCUGGUAGAAGAAUGCAGUGUUGGAGUGAGGGAGGAAGGGAAGGCUUCAUGACAGCUGUCUGUUUUGUAAUUGCAAAGUACCAAUCUCAGCUUUCUGCAGCUGUCUCAAAAGGCAAGGGCAUACCCUGGAAAAGCAGUGGGUGGCACUGUUUUACCUUCUACUGAAGAAAAAGCUUAGUCUGCUUCGUUUUUCUUAUUUGUUGCUGACUGGCAAAGUUGAGCCAUCAUAAUGGGUGCAGUUUUCUGCAGCAAUCUUUCAUCUUGUACUCAUCUGUUCAGGGUGUUUACUGCUGCCUUAUGAUGAUAAAGUAAAAAGAAAGCGAGCUAUUUAUUUAUUUAUUUAUUUCUUACUUACUUACUUAAUGUGAAGAUUGUAUAGCUACCAAGUGCUUGAAAAUAGAAAACUUAGAAGCUGUAACUCUCCUAUUCUUGAGCUUUGCUCAUCAGAAACCUCCCAUGAUUCUACUCCUUUGAGUCUUGUGUGAGUAUCAUUCUUUAGCAUUCUAUAUUGUUGAGUUUGCUGUUUAAAAGACACAAAGGUGAUUCAAAGAGCACAGGAUGGAAAUCUCCAAGUUUGGAUCCUUUUUCCUGUAUUAAUUUCUGCUUAGGCCUAUUGGACCUUAACACAAGGGAACAUAAGACUCAACCUAAAAGACAAGAUUACAUAAUGAGGUAAGUAUUUUUUCUAGUACUGAACUAAUUUGCUUUAAACUUGUGUCACCUUCAAGUGGGUGACUGAUCUAUCAAAUCUACCUGUACUGUUGUUCCAGAUUAUGAGCCUGUAAGUGGUGGCUUGUAAUGGAACUGCCUGAGCAGUCUUUCCAAAAUUAAAGUGGGAGGAGGCAGAUGGGAAGACUUUUGACAUUUUCUUAUAUCUGUAUAGGGUUAUGUUGCAUCAGUUUGUUGGGGUACACAGUUCUGUUUCCUUUCAGACAGGACAAGUAGCUUCGACAUUUAUAGCAUCUGUUUGGUCAUGCCUUCUGUACUUGUUUUUUUUUUUUCGCUGGAGAAGACACCUGCUCCUUUUAUCUUAGAAGCAGAUGGAGGUUUCCUUAUUCUGGAGUUCCACUGAGUGGGCUUUUCCUGAGGCAAGAGCAAGUCUUGAAGUUGGCUGUUGGUGAGAGAGUCUUUUGACAUCUUGGCCUACUGGUUCUGUAGAGAUCAUGCGUACUGGCAGCGUAUCUCUGAGGGAAGCAAUGAAGUGGCUUUGCAGUGCAACAUUUGCUAAAAUGAGCCAUCGUCAACUAGUAGUAUAACCAAAGUGUAUCAGAGCAUGACACUUGUGAAGUUUGCCUUGAGUUACCGCAAAGCCAGGUCUGGUACAAAAAUAUAAUGUCCUAUGGAUCAAAACUGAUUCUAAUAAACAUAGCACUAAGAACGCUUGCAGAAGAGAUUGCACAAGAACUGCUUUUUCAUGAAGGAAGAAACUUAACCAACAGGGUAAAAGUGCCAAAGUAAAUUGACUUAUCAAAUUCAUAGAAGUGUCAAAGUGAAAGGAACACCAGCAAGCUGACAAGACCAUGAAGUAAGUUAGCAAGGACCAACUUGAGGUAGCAUCAAAACCGGACUGGUUGCAAACAGUGUGUGACUGCAUAUUCAUUAUAUUCUAAUACUGUAGCAGAAACUCAGUAAGACAAGAUCCUCAAGAAAUAAAAGCUGAAGAUCCUAAAAAAAAAAAAAAAAAAAGAAAAAAACAUAGAAAUAAAAAUAACAGCUAAUACAAAGUACAGGGAACAGACAUGUGAAAGCCAAGGUUGAAACAGGGUGUGGUGUUGUGUGGUAUGGUGUGUGUUGUUUUGUUUUUUUUUUUUUUUUUUUUUGUGGGUUUUGUGUGUGUGCUGGUUGUUUUGUUUUUUUCACAUUCUCUGUGGUCUAACAGAGUGUCAUUCCUGCCAAAAGCAAGAAAGUUGGUUAUGGUAAGGCAAAACGUAACAAAUCCCGGACAAAGAAAGGACAGGUAAUUGCUAACGGAGGAGUGUUCCUGUGAUGCCAAUACCGAAACUGGCUUUGGUCUUCAUGGAUAAUACUGCAUGGUGGUAAAGUGGAAUUCUGCAAUGGGUCUGACACUGGUAGGAAAAAACAGGUAACUGGUCCCCCUCUUUCACUGUUGUGAAAGUAGGGCAAGUGCAGGUAACAUUGCAUUUGACAAUCUAAUACAAGCUGAGGUUAUAUUAAGAAUGUGUCAGGAAUGAGAAGUUGGUCAGCCAACUCUAGGUGGAUUUGGUUUGAGACAUUCUUCCUGGGGGCAGUUCUGGCAGAAGUGAUCGUCUUGUGGCUGGCUAGCCACGAGAGAGGUUCCAGAUGGCGUUAAAGAGGCCCAUCCUGUUCUGAUUCUGGAAACCCUGGGCCAUGAACUGUUGGAGGGUGCUAGUAAAUGGAAGCCAGUAACGGUUAUGGGGAUUGUGCAGCACUAUUUCUCUAGAAUACUCAUAAAUUAUGUGACAUUUACCUGGUAAAUACCUGGUAAAGUACAUUUUCAGAACUGCGUUUCUUAGAAGACUUGGCUGUCCUUCAUCUGGAAAUAGGCUAAGAAGCUUUACAAGCUACAAGGAGUUAGUGUAUGGACACUAGUAAUACAUUUAUUAAUUUGUGUUGUGUUGCAAAGGGAGGAAGUUGUGAAUCUCACUACAUCCUCCAACAGGAACAGCAGUUUAGAAUUAAAGGGAUUAUUUGUAUCUAAUUCAGAACAAAAGAAGGCAGUGUAAAGUCUGCCAUGCUCUUCAGCCUGGUGACUAAUCCAUUGGUCUUGAAGCUGAAGUUUGAAGAUAUGAAGUAAACAAUUGUUUCUUCAGCUUCGAAGGUGAUAUGAGUGGACCAAUUACUGCCAGUAACAGAUGCCCUAUGAGGAAUUUGUUUACAACUUUUUCAAAAAAUCCUUGAAGAAGGCAAAGAGUUAGGACACUAGGCAUGCCUUUUUAUGUCUCUGCAGGACUAAGUGCUAUCUAGCUUGUGCUAUUGGGAAGAUAAAUAAUUUUUCCAGACAGGACAGGCAGCUUUAUGGUGUCUGCUCAGCUGUAUUGACCUGUAAGUAUCUGCAAUAAUUUUUAAUCUAUCAUCUCUCUUUUUUUCUUAUUUUUUUUUUUUUUUUAAAUUGUGCCUGGUUUCUGCAUGAUUUGAAAGUUCUGUCUAUAGCUGAAAUAUUCUUUGAGUGAACAUUCAGUAUUUCUUAUUGGUCUUUUAAUACCCUUUCAAAGUUCUGUUUUUUGAACUACAUUUCCUGCUACAGAAUCUUCUCUGUAUUAUCUUUCUCAUUCCUACUAAGUCAUGCUUGAUUUUGUUUGUGGGUCAAAUCCUGUAGAGCAAGAAGAUUUGAUCUUUAUGUGUCUCAUUUAAUGGAAAUCCUUUCAUUUCUUUCCUCUUUUUUUUUUUUGCUUUAAAUAUUCCUUGAAAUUGUAACCAACUCAGUACACUUUGUCACUGCUCUCAAGGGACAUGAUAUAGGAUCGUUUUCACUGUUGUAAGGUGUAGCAUCCAACAUAAGAGUGUCUCCACUGCAAGUGUGCAUGCUUUUGGCAAAAAGAUAUCCCAGAGCACGUUUAAAUUUCAACCUUGAAUUUCAGCCCAGAUUAAAAAAAAAAAAAAAGGCAAGCAGUUUCUGCACCAGCACGUUUCUCUAGGAAACGGAAGAUGAUCAGAAGUUGGAAUUUUAAAACUCGAGUUCUGGGAUCGUUUAUCCUAGAGAAGACAAGGCUCUGGAGUCAUCAAUGUGUAUAAAUACCUGACAGGAAAGAGUGAAGAAUAUUUGGCAAGGCUUAUUUCAGUGGUAUCCAGUGAAAGGGCAAGACAAAAUGGCCAGAAACUGAAAACCAGGAAAUUCUACUUAAACUUUUUUGUUUUGUUUUUUGUUUUUUCUAUAAUGGCAAUAGUGGCAAUUGAUCACUAGAACGCGUUGCUCAGAGAACGAUGUAGACUUUCCAUUCUUGGAGAUAAUCAAAAUCAAACUGGUCAGCCCUGGACAACCUGCUGUAGGUGACCCUGCCCUGAGCAGGGUGGGUGGACUAGGCAUGAGGUGCCUUCCAACCUUAACCAAUCUACAGUUCUGUGAAAAUAAAUCAGUGGUCAGUGUGUAGAUGAGACACUAUGCAGGAAGAAACCAUAUGCAGAAGUUUGGGUAAAUAGUGGACAUUUGGCCUGGACCUUCUCUCUUUCGGUCUUCAUUGGCCAUCCCUGUUUGUGCAUUGAUUUAGCACAGACAAAUUUUACGUAAUAGGCAGCUGCAAAUGGCCUGAUGAACGCCAUUUUGGACUGGAUAUUUUUUUAAAAAGUACAUAUAUACUUAAUGUUGCAACUAGGUAGGUUUGCAUAAGGAUUUUCUGAAGUAUCUAAACAGAUCAGAUUCCUAAAUCCUAAUAAUUUUAAUGGAAUUUUAUUUUAGGUUUCUGAGGUAGAUAGCUAUUUUGAUAACUUUUUAAUGUAGUUCUAAAUGCACUGACCUAGCUUUUGAAAAUGUUCAGCAAGAUUUCAUUACAAUAUCAAUCUACUAAACAAAGCGCUUUUUUUUUUUUCCCCAGUCUAGGCAGUGUGUAACUUCCGAAGCAUGCUGAUUUUUCACUCUUGUAAGCAUAACAUUAUGCUGACCGCAAGCUGAAUAAGCACAUGGCCAGCCUGGCAUUGAAGAGACACUAAACAAAAUCAACAUAAUGACAGUGUGUUUGGAUGUUUGUUCUCUCUGGAGACAUACCUACUGGGCUUUUCUGAAAAUGUCAUAUGUGCACAAAGAAUUAUAGCUUGAAUACAUCAACUAUUUUUUUGUUGCAAGCAAUUGAAUCAGACUAAGGCAUUACCCUAAAUCUGUGAAUCGCUGGAAGCAACUGGAACUGAAGUUCAAAUGUCAAGUGUGGUGUUGCCAUUUUACCUUCUGUGUUAAAAGAUGUCCGGGAAAGAGCAAGGUGGUCUGAACACCUCCUUGAGUACCACUUGAUCCAAAUAAUGUAAGGAAACAACUGGGAAGAUGGAAGUCAGGUCUGUCUCCUAAAAGCAAACUCUGAGCUAAGUAGAGUAAAAGUGAAUUGUGCAUCUUGAAGCUGUAAAUAGAAAUGUCUUUACAGGAGAGGGUAGAUUAUGUGAUACACAAAUGAUGACUUUGAAAAAUAGUAGGUAAAGGGUCCAUUGGUUAGGUAGUAAUAUAUUUAAUUGACAUAGACAAUAAAUAACCACGAUGAGGCACCUCUGGGCUAGGCAUGUCCUUACUAAGAGACUCAUGUCCAAAAUCCUACUGGCACACACUAGGCAGGCGGUUGACCAAAAGAGAGGUCUGCUAGCAGGUGUGUGUGUGUGCAUAGACAAGUGCCAGAGCACACUUGGGUGCUGUGAGCAAAGGAAUGGGUCUGGGUGGGGAGCCUGUAGUGAUCAGGUAAAGCAUUGUGAGGAAGAUUCCCCCUGCCCCUUACCCUUCUGGAGAUUUCCAGAUUUCUGGAGUCUCCCUGUCUCCUGCCAGUCUCCCUGCUGAGAUCACACACCCUUCUUCUCCCAUGCUCCUGCUAGGCAGACCCUCUCAGGUGGCUCUGAACUGUGCAUCCCAGACUUCAGCUCAGGUGUGACAACCAGGGCAGCGUCCUCCUCUGAACCUCACCAGAAGCCGGGUCAGUGCUGACAGCCUCACAAAUCCCUCAGGGGUUUUCUUCUCCCUCUUAGGCUUUUAAGGUGUGUUAACAUUUAGGUGUCUAGAUAUGGUUGCUAAAGCAGAUUUAAGAAAUAGCUAACAGAGAACAGAGACUGAUCCUGCCUAAUGGAAGCACUUUAACUAAAGCAUAGCUGUUAUAAAUACAGGGUGUUUCAAAAAGAUGGACCCAGUUUUGAGAACCCAUGCAUUCAGGCAGAAAUCUCUCCAUCCUUCAGAACAUCAAGCGCUGGUGUAUGCAGAAUAUAUGACAAUUAUUUUUAAAAACUGAUAAAAGCAUCUGAUUAACUUGUCUUGGUCUCAGCCAUGAGGAAGAAUAGUUGGAAGACUAGUUGGAUGGAUUUCUAAGAGUGGUUUUUUUGUUUGUCUCAGCUUUGUAUCCCUGUGUUCUUUCUUUGACAUUCCUGUUUGUUUCUUUGUUUUAUGUGUUGGUUUUUUAAUUUUAUGGUUGUGGGUUGGGAUUUUUCUGUGUGUUUGGUUUAGGGUUUGUUUUUAUUUUGUUUUUUAUUCUUGGCAGUCUUCAGCAAUGCUUGGAGGAAUGAGCAUGUGACAUCGUAGCAUACUGAAAGCUUUCUAUCAUGUUUGUGAAGGAGGUUACAGAAUCUAUUUAGGGAAAGUCAAGGGAAUUUUUAAAUACAUUUAGUGCUUUAAAAUAAAUGUGCUUAGCUCCUCUCUACAGAAAUAUAUUUAAUUUCGUACCGGUUUUGAGGUAAGCAGUUUCAGAAAUACUGCAGUUAUUGUUUCCUAUGGAGGAUAAAAUUGUUGUUAAGGUAUAUAAUGUCAUUGGCAGAAGGGGAGGAGUCACCGCAGGAGGAGAGAGAGUGAACAAAUGAAGUACAGUGCCGGAGCUGAAGUCUAGGGUGAUGCAAUGUUGAAAUCAGUGAUGGAAGAUUUAACAGAGCCUGACAAUAUUUCCAUGCAGCUUUUACUGCUAAAUUUUAAUGAUUUGCUGCCACUUCGAAAUCAGUUUCCUGGUGAUGCUUAGAGUUAACUUCAAAGCUUGCUUCCUGUUGUUUAAAUCUGAUGCAGAGUCUUCAUUAUAUGUUGUGUGGAGAAAAGGUGAGGUCUUCUAAAUUCAGACACUGUCUUUAUGCCAUGUAAAAAUUAGAAUGGGAGAAGUGUUUGCGGCAUGACUUUCAGAUGAGUACUUAAUGGAAUCAAAGCCCUUCCCUGAGUGAGAAGACUGAUUUUUUUUUUUUUUUUCCCUUCAAAUAAACACCCACUCAUUUCACUGUCUUCUGAGGGAAAAGAAAAUCAAAUGUAAAGUGGAAUAGGAAAGUGCUUAUUUUGAGUCCUGUAAAGAGAACCAAGGAGCUUUUUUGCAGAUGGAGUUCAACCUUGUGUUCCUUACUUUACUGUCACUCGUUUUUUACUGGGAAGCUGUUCUGAAAAGCUUCAGCUGCAGUUAAAAGAAUGCAAAUUGUAGUCUCAGUUGCACUGGUAUAAAUUUGGAGUAACUCUAUUGAAGCUUUUGCUAGAGUAGCAAAUGUAAUACUUAGCUGCUGUGUUACUAUAUAUAAAUAUAUGAAGCCUAAUAGUUAUUGACUUGUGUGAACUGAAAAAAAACUGGGAGUGAGAAAACAUACUGCCUUUUGUGUCCAGAAAUGCCAAUGAAGACAAGACUAUUUUUGUAUGUACUGGAAGAGUGGAGGUGCAUAUUAAAGAUGAAAAGAAGAUCAAAACUGAGAACCAAUAAACUAGGAAGAAGUGGCUAAGUAAAGAGCAUGUGAUUAAGUGUUGAGGAGAGUGCAGAACUAUGUAAUUUUGUACUCGACGAUACUUAGAACUAGCAACACAUAUAUCAAUUUCUCCCCUCUACCCCCUACCCCUCAUAUUAUUGGAAGCUAUGUAUGAGAAAAUACUUUCUAAAUGAUGCUUCAUGAAAUUUGUAAGUGGCAGCUCUGUUGAGUCUGUUUUCAAAGAAGUUCUUCAGAACUUUCAUGCAGUUCACAGUUUUGUGUAUUUCCAAAUGGGAUUGAUCUGGAGACAUGGAGCUGGCCUGUAUGUAUGGCUAGAGAUGGCUGCUGGCUGCAGUGGUACAGGGAUUAAAGUAUUAAUUUAAUAUUAAUAUUAAUAUUAAUGUUAUUUGUGUUUGUUUCUGGCUUCUAAAAAACAGAGGACCUCUAUGCUUUGUGUUUGUAGAAAGAAUCAAACCUCAAAACCACAAAAUGAAAACCCAAGCCAAGAAGAUAAACCUAAGGAAAAUAAUAAUAAAUCUGAUACAGCCAACAUCACAUUGAAAUUUGCCAGUUCCCUUUGUCUUGAAUGUUAACGUAUUUUGUCAUGAACUGUUUAUAAGAAAAGGUUAGCAUGAGAAUGGAAUGGAAUAAAACUUUGAAUUUAGCCCUGCUUUGAGUAGGAGGUUGGACUAGAUCACCUCCAGCAGUCUCUUCUGCAAAGGGAAGGAGAGGAAAAGUGAUGCUAGAUUACUGCUCUCAUGAGUGAGACCUCUCUCAUCUUCUCAGAGAAUGUAGUUUGAAACAGUGUCAUUGUUUGAGAUUUUUACUACUUAUUCUAUGUUGUAAGCUUGGAUUGCAGGUAUAUUAUGGUUUCUUGGAGGAUUUAUCUGAAGGCAUUUCUGCCAUAGGGCUGUACAGUUAUCUAAGUUGCAUAGCACUACAAGGUGAUAACAGUAUUUUUAGGGGAAAUAUGUUUUAUUAAUAAUUAGAACUGAAUAUUUGGAGAAUUGCUAAUUUAUUCACUGAAAUGUUGAAAAUUUGUAACAGAAGAUGACCUAUUCAAUAUAUGCUUGGGGUAAGCAGUUGUUACUCUUUAAAAGAGAUUUUAGUCACCCCCUCAGGAAGGAAAACUAAUCUCGUCUGGUUUAGACAGCCGGUCACGCAAGGGGCACACAUGCAACAACACAGUCCAAAAUGUACUUUCUGAAAAGAGCCCCAUGUACCGAAAUAAUUUGGGAUCAGCUUUCAGAUGUUUCAUAAGCAAAACCAAGGUUUAACUUCACCAGAUAAAUGCUUCACAAUGAAUAAUGCACCCAGCUGUAGUUGUAAAUGUCAUUUGCUCAACCGUUUAACUAUCCGUCCUUUUGACCAAGGUUUGUGGUAGUGUGAAAUGAAGCUUAACUUUGCAAAUAUGGAGUGUAUAGUAAAAUUAUCCCCUUUUGUGAAAUUAGAGGGAAUAAGCUUCUGAUGGGUGUUUAUGUAUUGUGCUAACAGAUUAUAAAAGAUUAAAAGGAAAUUUUAAUGAAGUGAAAAGCAUGCCUUGCAGCUUCUAGCCCUCAUGAUUAGAGGAGCAGAAGCUAGGGGAUUUAGGAGGGUUUAGCAAGAUGAGGUUGAUGGGGCAGGGAGAUUAUGACCUGUGAUUGGAACUAGUUGCUUGUCUAACUCAUAUUUUCUUAGAUAAUGCAUUUAGGUCUCCAGUUCUUUCAAGACCAAUGAGGGUGAGAUGGUCAGAAGAAAUAUACUCUUGAAAUAGUUUGAGGCCCGUUUUAAUAAAAAUUUUUAAUAUUUUAAUCAAAUAACAAAACACAGAAGUCAAACACAGAGUCAAAACAUAGUGUAAAACAACAAAACAGAAGAAUACAUCAUUCACACAUAUGUAAAGGGGAGAUGCAGUUGUUAUUUAUGCUUCUUGUAACAAAAAUAAUCGAAAAGAGGUUUAAUACAAUGAUUGGGAUUAAAACCUGAACUCUUCAUGUUUUAAGUAUGUUAUUGUCAUAGAAAAGAAACUUGGUCUGUAAAACAAGUGUAAGUUGUUGCAUAAAUUAUUAAAAAGAAGUAUUUGGUCUAGACCACAAAUUAUGUAGAAUAUGUAUUACAGAAUACUGAAAGCAUUUGAAGAAUCCAAAAAGAUAUUGGUGAGCGUCAUUCAAAAUUACUAAUACAGGAAAGUCAAAAAAGCCUAAAGUUUUACUGUCAUGAUGUAAUUUUUACAGAACUGCUGAAGGACCACAAAAGAUUAGUACAAAGAAGAAUUAUUUUGCUCCUCUCCAGUUAUAUGGAUUAUGCCACGCAUCAUCCAUCUGAAAUAAACUCAAGUGCUGGACAAAUGUCAGUUUUGCAAAUGGGUUUGUUUUCUGUCCUUGCAAAAAGCCUGAGACAGCAAUGCCCCAAAAUACCUGAACUUCCUUUAGCAUCAGUGGAGCUUCAUAUUUUACUGCAAUUUCAAGUUGUCCUGGGCUAAGAUCUCUCUGGAGAAAUUUUUGACAUGCUGCUUUUUAUUUUCUAUUUUAUAUCUCCGUACUUUUCUGAGGACAGGAUGGAUGAAAUUAAACUGAAAGAUGGUAGAUUUAGGUUAGAUAUAAGGAAGAAAUUCUUCAUCAUGACAGUGGUGCAGCAUUGGAACAGGGCUGCCCACAGAAAUUGUGGAUGCCCCGUCCCUGGAAGUGGUUGAGGCCAGACUGGAUGGGGCUUUGAGUCUAGUGGAAGGUGUCCCUGCCCAUGGCAGGGGCAUUGGAACUGCAUGAUCUUUGAGUUCUCUUCCAACCCGAACCAUUCUAUGAUUCCAUGAUAAGGAAAUGAAGACUGUCAUUCCAUGGUCAAAUAAGAGCACUUUCUGAGCUGAUAGAUAUUUAUGAUGAUUUCCCUUCUUAUGUUUGGAAGGUGACUGCCUAAUUUCAGGAUUGAAGAGACUGAUUUACAACAGAUGAUGUCUGAGUAACAGUGGGAUCUCCUUACGGGCAGGUCACCUUUGUAAAUAACUGCAUCCUAUGGCUUUCCUCAUUGUUUCACUCCUGGCUAGCUUAAAUGGCUUCAAGUCAUCCAGAGUCAGAUUCCUGUGUUUGCGGAACUUAAACUGAAGCUGUACAUCUGAACAAAGCUUUUGAAUUAGAAGUUUAGCAAUCAGGUAGUGAAAUCUCCAGUGUUCCAGCUUUCACAAAAGCACCAAGAAUAUUUUUGUUUUUAGAAUCGGAGACAACUAUAUUGUGUUUCCUGAGACCAUCUGUAGUGUAAAUGUAAAUAAUGAAUAUUAAACUAGUCCUUAUGAUAGAUCUCAGAUUGCUGAAAAUGUAGUUUUAAAAUCCACUUUGACAAGUAGAAGAGUUCAAGGAAAUCAGUCUAUAGCUUAGUGCUGGAGGGAGUUAUAGCUCAAGAUGUAAUUUCUGUUGAUUGACACUGUAGUGAAUUAUUUACCUAUUGACUUUUGAAAAGUGGUCUGUCUAUGGACUAGGUAAAUAUUUCAUUUUCGCUCAUCACAGCUGUAACUUGACAAACCAGCAUAAGGAAGAAAUAAAUAAGUUUGUAUUAGUGGGAACUGGCUUUAAAACUAUGAUUUGACCAAAUAAUUACUAUAGCAAAUUUCCCAUGGACUUUAAGCUUGAAAGGAAAAUUUCAUCUUCACAUUGCUUGAGGUAAAUAUAGUUCAGACAAGAUUGCAGACCCGAAUAAAUGUCCAGAAGCUUGUCUGAUUUUAUUCUGGCUGUAUCAAUUUCUCCAAACAAAGACACUACAUCUCUACAAACUUGUCUGGCUUGCAUUCUUACAUCAUCCUGGGUGCAGAAACAUUAUUAUCUUUAAGCUACAUCCCUGUAUAUAAAAUGUAUUUUUCAGGUAAUAGAAAUCGCAAUAGUAACUAAGAUAUUGUCUGCAUUUCAGUCCUAGAAGAAUCAACAUGAAUGCACUUACACUGAUUUGCAUGAAGUCAGAGGGUUAUUACAACUAGUACUGAACUUAUCUAGUUCAGUAUUUUGUUGGGGUCUGUAUGUUAUAUUACAUAUGUUUUACAGAUAUAUACAAAGUGAAGUCUUUCCACCUCUGCCUACUGAUGUUACAGUAUUAAGCAUUAAAAGCUGUGAAUAAAUCUUGAUACAGUGGAGUUCUCUGUUUUCAUGUUCAAGUAACUAACAAUAGCAUUUAGUGCAACUUCUUUUAUCUUGUGAAUACUGAAGAGAUGUAAUGUGCUGUUAAAGACCGUAGCAAAAAAAAUAGUUGUGGUCCUGUCUGCUCAAGGCAAAGACAAAGUGACUUUUGUCAAUUUCUUUUCUACCAGACAGCUACACUUAAAAUGGUAGGAACAGGCUUCUAGGAUAAAUCACUACUGGAGAAGGUAAUUGAACCUUACAAAGAUUCUCCUGUAGGGGUUUCAUUUUGUCCCUCUUUAUCUUUCUGAUUUCUUGGUGAGGUUAACUUUGACUUCGUAAACUGGGCAACAGUGGAAUCUUGUUGAAAAUGUUGCACUGGGUUUCUUGUUUAGACACUUGAAUGUUUUUUCAUUUCGUUGUAACCCUUCCACUGAACCAGGUUUGUGCCCAGCCUCCUCUGGUUUUAUUGCAAAUUUUUACACAAUUCCUGAGAUAAACAUGAGCUGUUGGUAUUAUUUUCUUCCUUGCUGCUAACCCACAAAGUGUGAAAGGAACUUUUUCCUAACAAUGCACAUCUCAGAUCUUUAUAGUCGCCUUUUUGCCAGUCAAAGCAGCAGUCUUUUGCCAGCCUCAUGUCUUUUGCCCACCUUUGAUGAAGACUGGUGAAAUAUGGACCAACUGGGAGAACCCAAAGGUGUCCAUAAGGGUAUAUCAAGGAUGACUGACCACUUGAAAGGCUUUGAUGUUCAUUUCACUCACAGCUAUAUGGAUGGUGUUCCGAUCUUCUGAAAUAAGUUCAGGUCUUGCUGCUGCUCUCAGCUGCAUACCUUGCAUACAGUUCAUUAUCAUUCUGACCUGUUUAUUUUUGCAGUAGGUUCACCCUCAACAUAUUAACACAGGAUUUACAAAAUGUUUUAGUCAUCAUGAAGUAUAUCAUACUUUGAGCUUCAAACAGUAACUUCAACUAAGAACAGCUUAUAGGAUGGUUUAAAAAAGAAGUCAUAGGCAGAUUUUUAAGCCACUGAAGCCAUUACAUUUGGGCAUUUUGCUGUAUUUCUUGUCCUGAUAUUUCACAGUCAUUGAAAGAUCAGUUGCAAAAUCUGCAGUGGAACUGACAUUUUUAAUCUCUGUUUCUGUCCCCCCAGUACUUUAAUCAAGGAACGGUAGGAAUGGUGUGGUUUUAACUUAUGCAAUCACUAGUCAAAAACAAAUAGGGAAAUUGUCUCCAAAUAUGUUUUAUUUUAGAAGAUGUAAAAUAUCACUGAAAAUUAGCUAUGUCACAAUUGUUUCUUGUUUAUAAAAAGAGGAAUCUGAAUUUUUUUCAUGGUAAUGGGCAGUUUGGACCUGAUAUUCAAGUCCAGAUAUGUGUUAAGACGUUGGUGGAGCUAGACUCCAUCAGACCGCUAUAGCUUAAUCUUAGAGAUUGUUGAAGCUCUGGCAGCAUGUUAAAUAAAGUAAACAGUAGCUUGUGAGGCUGGAGUGCUCAGCAUUUAGAGGCGUGUGUGAGCUGUGGCUUGCAGGGAGCCUAAGUCCCCAAAGAUUUAGGCUCUUCAGACUCUAGAACAGUCUAGUUGGUGGUCUUUCCUUCGUAUGGAGUGCUGCUUUUUACUGAUGUUACUGAAGAAAAGGCAUCUAUUUGGCCAUUUGAUAUGUGUAGGUUAAUCUGUUGAUUAAAAGAUGUAUUUCUGCUUUUUAAAAAAAAAAAAAAAAUAGAGAGGAUGCUAAUUUCAGCCUUUCUUGUGAAAUCUGCCAUCAAAGUGAGAAAAUAUUUUCUUUUACUCCCAACCCAUUUUUUUUGACGGUAUGUGGUUGUUGCUGUCUUGGAGAUAUGGAUGUACUAAACUUCUUCUGAUGUGGCUAAAAAAACUAGGCUGUCAAUUCUGUCUUUCAUGAUGUUUAUACUGUUGUGUUUUUAUAGAUGUUGCCGUCUUGAUUUAGGAAAGGAGCAAGAAGUUAAGCUGUUUGGAUAGGUUGACAACAAGCUAAUUCGUACAACGAAACCUCUUAGAUCAAAUUGGGCUGUUGAGCAAGAUGGUUGCACAUCUUGGAAAGCAGGGUUUUAUUAUUAGUGAGCAUACAGUAACCAAAAUGAUCUGUAGCCAGAUUUUGAGCCAAAUAGAGUGACCUGGGUCAUCUUGACUAUUUGAACUGGUAUCAACAAAACAAAAAGAAAACAAAAGUAAAAUUGAAUGCUUUAGCCUUGUAGUUCAGAAAGGAGGGAGGCAAAAUAAAGAUGCUGAAAUAAUUAUUAGUACUUUGAAUAAACUUUAUUUCUUUUCUUUUAUCUAACAUUACAUCUACAGUAGUUGCAAUUUAUAGAUAACUCAAUGCAGGAUAAAAAUAAGUGAAAGUAAUUAUUUACUCAGCUGUAGUUAUGCAAUUGUUCAUUAUUCUGGGUAUUAUAAGGACAGUGAUAUAUUAGUUCCAGGAAAUGUGUCCUAUAGCAAAAUUACAGUCAACCUCUGUGCAAGCUAUUCAAAGGUGCAUAAAAUUACCAUUCAAAACCACUGCAUGAUCCUCUCCAGUUUUGUGUUCGAAUUAGAGAAGGAAGGUCAGUGCUCAGUCUUUGCCACCAGAGGUCUUCAAAGAACAUAUUAUAGACGUUUUUCCUGUGGCCGAAAAUGGGAGAUACAUCUCACAGUCACCACUUAGAGAAGUAGUUGGGAGUAAUUUACUGAAGUGCUUCAAGUCAUUAUUUGUCUGAGACACAGAAUUUGUUCCUGACAGAAUUGCUUCUGAAAAAUAGGAACAGCUCUGCUUGCUUUGCAUGUCUGUCUGUCUGGGUCAUUUUGUGUUCCCCUGCUUCAUGAGGUUUUGAAAGUAAUGAGUUCACAAGAUAAUUUCUUGAACGUAUGAAAACAGAAGGAAGAUUUCAGCAAGCGAAGUUUUGUGUUCCCUCAGGGAUCAGCUAAAGGAUGCUGUGCGCAGGAGUGAGUGGAGAGGACAGAGGUGCUGAGGGUGACCUGGCCAUGCAGGCACCCUCUCUUCCAGAGGUGGAUCUCCCAAGCCUGGCCCUCCUGCAUGUGCCGCUGCUCACAGCCCUCCCAGUGCAGAGCCCGGUUGACCCUUCUUGCUGGUCAAGCUUCUCUUAGCCUUGAGCUGGAGCUUCCUCUCUGGGUCAGGGUCCAUAGAUUGUUAUUUUAGAUCUGGCUUCCUGAAUACCACAGGGCAAACUUAUUUAUUGGGCUCCGUUCAUACUUUUCUCCCAUGCUUAAGGAAGGGAAAAGAUUUCUGGCAAAGUAAUUAAUUUUUUUUAAAAAGUAGAUUUUUCGCCUUUUUAUUGACUGUAUAUUAGUAUGUGGUGACCUUUUAUAGUGUGACAGUGCAAGGGAGAGACAAUUGUUUUUCUGUUACGAAAUAAAUUCCAAGUGAGAUUGUAGGUCUCUUAUGCUCAUCUAAAUAAACUCAAUACAUCAAUUGAUAGCAAGUGUUAGAACAUAUAAAGACUUACUGGUUAUCCUGCAUUCAUAAAAUAUAAAUUAUGUUCUCAUAAAGGGACGCUCCGUUGGAUUUUUUUAUUUGUUAAUAAAUGAAAAAGCAACAGGUACUGAACAGGGAGUGUGAUGUUUCUGUUCUCUGUUUACUAUUUUUGUAGCUGAAAAUAGUCAUUAUUUUGGCUGUGAAUAUGAUAAGGUGUUGAUAAGAGUUUAUGAGGGUGAGAGGGGAGAAAAGGGGGUGGAGCCUUGGUACUGCUGUGUUCCGUGAUGUGGAUAUCGUGAAGAGGAGGAGAGCUGCAAUGUCAUGCUCCAGUUCUGUUACAGAUGACAACAAUCUCCUCCUUACCUCGUCCACCUCCCAAUGCCUGCUUGAGUCCUAUUAAAGCCAUAGAAAUGUUGCAUGUGGCCUUCUGUUUUAAUUUUGUUAGAGAAAUGCUGUUCCAAGCUAACACUUACCAAAUAGGUAUUAUUUGCUUCAUAUGAGGCAUUGAUGCCAUCACAGGGUGACAAUUUUACUGGCUGGUUUUUGGAAACUGGGAACUUUUGUAUGCCGCUUACAUGGGUCACUGCUAGUAUAAUGGAAGAUUUAGAGGAAGCAUCAGCCUCCAGAACUGACACAUUCUGAAGUUGGGUGUAGUCCCUGAUAAAGAGAAAAGCCAUGCAAGCUGUCGUGCUGUGACUGAUUUUUUUGCGGAACGGUUUUCAAUGCAAGUUUAGGGCAAGUUCCUUACAGAGUAGGCAGUUCAUGAAAAUACUAAGUCAGUGUAUUUCAUCUCAUGCAUGAUUGAAUUCCUGAAGGGAGUAAAGCAUUAGAAAACCAAAAGACUUUCUGUUUAGUCCUACAUAUGGAGUGACUUGACAAAUGUGGUUAGAAUUGAUCUUUGUCUACAAAAAAGCCCAAGAAAAAAAAUUAUUACUUGUCUAGUGGGGAGUGAUGAAACAGUUAAUAAGCAGCUGGUAUAUUUGAUGUGCUCUAUUUUUAUUUUGAGAAGAGCAUUUGUUGUUAUUCAGGAGCAAAUCUGAGACUUCUGUAUUGUUUAAAAUUCCAAGUUGCACUGGGAGUCCUUUCUUCUUGUGGAACACACUUUGAGUUGUGUUGGCAAGACAAUUCCUUAGCUUAUUCUAAGCUUAGGUCUGUCCCUGAUAUGGUAAAUGAAAUCUCAGAUCUAGUAAUAGCAGAGCUAUAUCACGCAAAUAUGUCUUCUGGGCAAACCUACAGAGUCUGUCCAUAUAAGACUUGUCAGUAACUAUCAAACACCAACAUUUUCCCUUUGACUGUUAUUUUCAGACAGCAGUGACUGCUAGCUGUUCUCUGAAAUCCUCAAAAUUUAAAAUAGCUUUUAAUUGCAUCUCUCUGGCAUGCUGAAAAAAAUAUUAGUUUAACUUGCCUGUACUAAUACUAGCGAAAACAGUCUGGGUCCUAGUGCUUUUAUUUUGGUGAUGAUUUCUGUCAUACACAUCAGUAAAAACAGCAAUUAAAGAAUAUACUUAAACUGGGGUCAGGAAAUUGUAAAAAACAUUCACAUCUAUAUAGAAAAAUAAUAUCUUAAAAGGCUGCAGAAUGUCAGGUCUUAGAUGUAUCUGACUUGACAGUAACUCUUAAUACAGCUUUGUAAUCAUAUAGUUAGGAAAAAGACACACAAACCCAGUGGAUAUUUUAAAAAGCUUAUCUUGAAGCAUGUCCCAUCUUCCUUUAUGUCUUUUCUUGGCUCUGAAAGAGUUAGCUGCUGGGUGUAAGGAAGGAGGGAAGACAUUCUGGAAUAUGUUAUUUUUUUCCUGUUUUAGUCUCUAGAAACCAGGCUUUUGUGAUUGUAGUUGGUAUGCGUGUUCAGAUAGCACAGGUAUGAAAGGGUUGAAAUAAGGAAGAUAAUUAGGUUAGUUCAACUAUUUGAAAACAGGAAGUUCAGCAGAAAACAGACACUAGAAGUGCAAGAACUGAACAAAAUUUUUCUGAAUUGGUUUGUUGUUAGGAUAAAAACAGCCUUGGAAGUACCCCAGAUCUUUAAUGGGAAUGUCUUGGACACCCAGAUCAUUCAUAAAUCAAAUGCAGAGCCUAUAUCUGUAUUUAAUUAAGCUUUGAUAGUUUGGAUUCUCAAGGACUUUUUCAGUUUUGUCUGAAUAACAGAUAAUAAUACAUUUCUUUUCCUUUAUGGACAGAGGUACAAAUUCAAGAAGCUACAGUAGUAUCGCAUGAUGUGACAGCAUGUAAAUCCUGUGUCAUGCCCUGAACACCAAAACAUAGCCACGGCAGUCCCAUAAAGCUUGACAUGCUUGGGACCGUGGUCCUUUCUCUGAGGACUGAUGUUCAGGUUAAAUGCUUAUUCUCUAGUUGGAAGAGAUGCUGAAAAGUGGCUGCAUGCAGCUUCCUAUGUCCAUUUGUUUAAGAACUGACAUUUUUGUUUUCCAUAAGGAAGAACACUCUGAAUAGAAGAAAGGUUAUCCAAGAUAUACAUUUCUUCCAUAGAAUGAGGAAAUCUUAAUCCUAAAAUGAGUUCAGGGGUUUUGCCCUCUUUCUGUUAGGAAAUGAUUUCAGAACAUAUUUCUUUGAUAGAUCAAGAACCUUGUUUUCAUUUUAAGACUUAAAUUAUGCACAGUUAAUUCAUGCAGAUUCAUUCCAUUGCAGGGUAUCCUGCCUGUCAGAAGCCAGGUAGGUCUAACUUCCUUGGCUGAAUUAUGUCCAAAGAAGAACCAAAUGCAGAAAUGGAAAAAUAAUCUGAUUGUCAAAGAAAGAUAUAUCUUGGAAGUCAGAAAGUGUAGGAGUAAAAUGAGACUUGUGAGAAGUUAAGCUAAGUUUAGACUUAAAAGGGAAACUAAAGUGUUUUGUUUUGUUUUUUAAUUUUAAAUAUUAUCACAUAUGCAUAGAAAGAGACAAAAAAAGAGAAAGUGAGGAUGUUGAGAAGCCAGAGUGGACCAAGACUAAAGACACCUUGGACAGGAAAAAGUACUUGAAUAACUUUCUUUACAAGAAAUAAUCUGACCAGAUUUUAAGAUGAAGAUGGAGUAGUAAAGGACAUGGAGGAGGGCAUUAAUCUUGCCAGUAUGUGAAGGAAGGAGGGAUUCAACUCUCUGAGAAGGAGAGAACUUGAUUAGCUCUGUUCCAUAGAAGUGAGGCAUAUUGGAUUGAUUAUGUCCAGCAGCAUUAUUGUGAUCUAGCACUCCAGAACUGAAAAAUGGAUUAUCCAGAUAAAAGUGAAGGGUGUAGAAGUGGUUCAGGUGAUUACAAACCUUUUACAUUAUUUCAAUAUUAAUUUUUAAGAACAAUUUUGAAGAGGAGAACGAGUGAAGACAAAUAGGUCACAAUUCACCUCAUUUUCUGUUUACAAAAAGUAGAUCACAUUGUACUAGCUUAGUGCUUUCUGUGUUAAAAUAAUUCACUGAAAACAAGAAGCCUGCCUACAUUUCACUGAGGUGUUUGGUGUAGUAACAGCUAUAAUAUUAUUAAUUUAACUAGAGGAGAAGAAGGUUAGUGUAAGACUUAGACUUUGGUUAGCAUUGGUAAAAAUGAACCUAAUAUGCUGAUAGAAUCUCUGGAAUGAAUAUUUGGUCUGAAGGACUUUCUCAAGGGAUGGAUCUUAUGUUUUCAUCAACGAUUAGCACUGAAGGGCAGAAGAAUUCUGAUAAUUUUUUGAUACAAGAUUGGGAAGAAUUAUCGAGAUAAGAACCAGUACAUAACACAAAAAAUACUUAAUGUAUUUGUGUACUGUAGUUGCAGAAAUGACAUAAAUUUUAUUAAUAUGGUUUGCAAGGUUGCACAUGUAGGUGAUGAGAUAAACUGGGGUUUCCUAACUAGAGAGAAAAAAAUCUCAUAUAUAGGUGAAUCACAUAGAGACUGUAAGGCAGCAGUUGGCUACUGCUUUUUGGGAAAGAAGAUGGCAAAUGUGCACCUAAAAUCUACAGCAAGGUGUCUUUAUAUAUACAUAAAGUGAAAGCGAUUGAGAUUAUUAACAGCAAUGCCCAAGCCACUAACAGUCUUUAGGAACCCUGCGCUGUUCAGUCAUCUGUGUUUGGAAAGCAUGGUCUCAAACUGGAGCAAGUGCAGAAAAUGUCUUCUAAGGUAAUCAGGGGAACAGAGAAGACACUGAAGGAUUUUGCUUCAAACUGACAAAACAAAGGCAAAGAGUUACGACACAUUGCAGAAAUGACAGAAAGGGUCAUUUUAAAGCUUUUUCACUUGGAAAAGUAUUCUGGAAUAGGAAAUAGUAAUAACAUGCUUGCCCUGAAGUAGUCAAAAUUUUUUUAAAAGUUUCUAAAUUUCUUACAGAUGAUACUGUUGUUCUGUCUGUGCCUCACUGGCCUUGCUUUUCUUACCAGUAUAGCAGGAUUUCAAGUAGUUUUCCAAUAUAAGGAGUGAAAGCAAGAAACACAGGUGGCUUCAAUACAGGACCUGAGAAUUAAGUUAUUAAAAAAUUAUGUUGCUUUUAGCUUCCUGUGUCAAUUAAGGACAGGAAUUCAGCUGGUUCAUAAGUUGACUGGAUAUGAUGCUAAAUGUACAAGCAGAAGUAUCUUAAAACAAUCUGAAUUUUAACAAGUUACCUUUGCUGUAUUGUGUGGAUGGGCAAUAACCUCUCUCCUCCCUCGAUUUAUUAGCCGUCAAUAUAAAUUGCUUAUGUGCAUUUCACCCUGGUCGUGCUUAACCAACCUCAUAGCCUUUUAUGAGGCUUUUAACAUAAUUUCUUCUUCCUUAUUUGAACUCUUUCACAUGCAUCUAUGGAUCCUUCUUUCCCUCUUUUUUUGCCUCCCUAUUCUUAGUGUGUGAAUGAUAUAAAGCAUUGUGAGAGCUUUUGCUGAGCUUCUCUUUGCAGGCAACUCCUGAGCUUACCUCUUCACCCCAUUCUGUCUCUUUCAAUUUAGUUUCACAUUUCAGCCUGUCUUUCUGGAUGUCCUGUUCUCAGUUCAAACCCAAUAUCCUGAAAGUGAACUAUCUUUUUGGUUUUUUUCAGAUUAUCCAUGUUGCUCAGUUCUUCAUCCUAGCUAGUAGUUUCUUUAUUUCUUUGGUGAUGUAGACUGUGGCAUGUGUCCUUUUUCAGCUGCAUUUGUGCUGACUUGAAGAAAUCAUUGCUGUCUGUCCCCAGACCACCUCUUUGCUUAAAGUUUCUGUCUUCCUUGCCUCCAAUAGCUGAGGACUUUUAGAAUAUAAUAUUUAGUCCCAGUCAGAAUGAACCAGCUUAUUUUAAACAGUCAAUUUCAAGUUUAUUUUUUUGGAACUGUAUUGAGGAAUAACCACAUGAGCAUUUCAUAUGGAUGCCAGGCUGGUCCACAACCUCUUUCAGAGGCCAAGGCUGAGCAAGAAGGAGUUGUCUGUGAACAGUAGUUGUACACAUUUUACCAAUGUGUAUCCAAAACUGUAGCAAUGGGAUCUUCAGAUUGUAGAAGCACCAUAUUGGAACAAGGGUUUUCUUGUACUUCUUCGUUGUUAUGGUCAGAAAUGUGUAACAGCUUCACUUCAAUUCAUUGAUCUUUUGUCAUGUAGACUAAAUUUAAAAAAAAGGAGAAAAAGAAAGAGACAAGUGGCGUCCACAGCCCAGAUUAAGGAACUGAAGGAGAUGAUUCAAAGACUCCAGCACUUUGACUAAUGCCAACCUUGACCAUAAGCAGGGCAGCAGGUAAUCUUUCAGAAAGGGUGAAUCCUCAAGGUGCCACAAGGCUCUUUGUUUUACUAUCUGGGAUCACACUUCUCUUUAUGUUGGGUUUGCAAAGCAGGAUGUUCUUUUGGAGCUAGAUAUGUAAGGUUUAUCUAUGCAUAAAGGUGAAAAGGAGUGGAUCAUUUGUUUUAAACCGGUGAACAAGCCGUGGCAUUGUUUUUGUGUGCUUCACACCCCAGUAGCUGAGGAGCUCACCUAACAUGUGAGGGGCCUAUGCUCAAUUCUCCUCUGACUAAACAGAUUCAGACCCCAUUUCUCACCUUGUCUUGGUCAGCACACAGCACAUAUUUCAUUCUCAAGCUAUCCCAUGGAAAGAAAAGUAGGUUUUCUUUGCUUGGUCUAAUGAUGAACUGAUUGGGCUCUUGGGCAAGAAGUGCACUUCAUGCUCUAUCUGGUGUUUAUAUUUUAACCUUCCAUUUAGAAGACCAAGAAGGAAUGCACCCUAUCUUCUCUGUCUUUGUGAAUGCUCUUGCCAUUGGAUUACUUAAUGGCUAAGAGAGAAUGUGGGAUGAGGAAGAUGGAAGGGAGCAACUUCAGCUGCAGGUAGCUGUUGUCCCUAAGGAGUGCUCUGAGAGAGCACAUGAAGGAUGAUGAAGGAGAGAGGGAGAGAUAAGUUGCACACUAUUGUCAAGAAUGGCCGUGUGUCUGUGCACAUUCAGAAGAUGACAUUUAGAUAUGCAGUGGACUCCACAAAGACCACGUUUAGUUUCAAGCACCAGGAGGAUUGGACAGAGUCUGGGCAAGGAGCAAACUUCACUGCUCUGGGUUUGGAAAACAUGAUACUGUGCCAGAUCAAGGCAAAGGCCCGUUCAAACUAUAUUCUGCCUCUGAUGUUACACAGUAGUGGAUGCCUGGGUAAGAGAAUAAGAGUAUGCAGUGACCCAAGUUCUUAUCAUGCCAGAGAUGGUUGUCUUUACAUUUCACGGUCUUUGGUGUGUUUUUCCUCAAUGAAUUCAUCCAAUUGCUUUUUAGAGCAAAUAAAAUUCAGCAUCUGCAGCAUUCUGUGGCAAAGAGUUUCACCACUAGUUGCACACUGUGUGCAAACCACCUUCUCAUACUUGUUUUAAACUUGUUGACUGCUGUUUCCAUCUGGUGCCUUCUGAAGCUUGAGAGAGAGUUCACCCCAUUACCAUGGCAUCUACCGCAUUCUCUAUAAAUGCCUGUGCAAGUGAGUGAGAUACCUAAAUCUUUUUUUUGUCAAGCUGGGCUGUUAAACUUGGAAGCAAGCAGUGCCCAGUAAACUGAAAGAACUUGAUAAAAAUUAAGAUAAAACAUGCUGUUAAAAAGUAAGCUGUUUAUUUUUCUUCUAAUAUGCCCUGAUGUUUGUGCUUUCUCUAUCUUUUCAUCAUACAUCUGCAUGUAUGUCUGUAACAGCUAACUUUCUCUAAGACAGGGAGGCAGACGAGAACUGCAUGUGUUUUUCCAUGUGGAAACACCUAAUUGCUUUAUAGAUAGUAUUGUUUUUAACACUAGAAGUGCAAGUGGUUUUCAUGUCUCAUUUCAUCUUACAUUUUUCCAGGGAAUGAAAAGCUUUUAUUUCUUGCAGAUCUGAAAUAAAAGAGAUUCACAGAGGUAGGGGUGGUGGCCGAUUAACAUUGCUUCGCUAAAAUAAGUUCAUUGCUAGAACCCUCAAGCCAUUAUGUGUUUCCCUUCACUUGAACCUAUCUGCUUUUCUACUCUUCUGCACAGCUGGUAGUGUACUGCUUGAGCUUGAUUUCGAUGGCCAAAGGUAGUCAGUACCAUCUGUUACUCAUUUGGUUCUCUUGACCUUGGUUUUGAGCAGCUGGCUUGUCUGUUUCGUCUCAUGUUGUCAAUGUUGGGGUGUUUAUUUUUUUUCGUUUGUUUGUUUGUUUGUGGGUUUUUUUUGUUUGUUUGUGGUUUUUUUGUUUGUUUGGUUUUUUUUAGGUCUGUGUUAGGACUAUCAAGGGUUCUUUACUUACUGUGGUUCCUACAUAUCUACAUAUUUCAAACAGAACAAAGAGCUCUGCUUUUAUUAAAGCCAGCAAUAUAUUCAAGAAAAAGAAAAGGAAUUAAAAUAUUUUAAUUCCAAGGAAGCAGAGGUCUUGCAUGUCUGCUUUAGGACUGGAAAAAAUAUUUGCUUAAUUAUUGACUAAGAUAAGAUACUGGUAAAAGUUACUAAUCAGUAAGAAUUCAUUGAUAGAGUUUUCACAUUAACAAAUAAUCAAACGAUAUCAAAGGGAUGUAGUCUAAUACUGCAGAUUUUCUUUGUCCAAAUGUAUCUUAUGUUGGUAAGAUUUUUGCCUGUCUUGUUCUGGCCUUAUCUUACAAAGGAAACCAAAGAGAUGGUAAGACACACCACCGGCUCCAAGACUCACAUUGUGCUGCACAGAGUGGAGCUCUUAAAUAUCUCACUAUCAUCAGAAUUAGAAUUUGGUUCUUCGUUAACAAAAUGAAAGUCUUCCUGGCUUUACUUCUUCCCUUCAAAAUCAGUAAACCCCAUAAGCAACAAAAAACCUACAAAAUAACCCAGUGAGAAACCAGACUGAGGACAAGUUGGUGCCAUUAGCAUUUCUCAUUAGGUGAUGCUCAGGAAUUUUCUGCCACCAGCCCAGUGUUGCUUGUGAUUCUGUUCUGAUUAGCCUGACUUUGUCCUGGUGUUAUGUGGGAAGUCUUGGAGCCCAGUGCAAUGAUCUGCAUUACUGUAGGUAAUAAUUAUCUAUAAACCUGAUGUGUUGUAACCUUUAAUUUUGUGUGCCCAAGUUUUGUUCUGGAUCUAGAAUUUUCACUGAGCUCUGACUGUAGAUUAAACUCUUUCCAGCAGAGGGUGGUGGUACAUUUAUGCUCAGGCAGCUGAUUACAGUGACUCGGGAAUGGGGCUAAUUUUGUAUUGACAAUGAUACAAACACAGAAGCGUUUCUGUUAAGGCCGUUCCUGUAUGCAGUUCUGAACAGUUCCAAUGUAAAAUACUCUAUAGGAUCGUGGGAAUUUAUUACUGAUCCAAGUAACAAACAAGUAAACCUGUGAACACCAGAACUAAAGACACCUGGCUUCAUGUGGUCUCUCUUUGUUGGUUGAUUACUUAACUGAAUUAUAAUAUGAUUCUGUGUUCUACCCAUAUUUACCCAUUACUCUCUCUUUGAGAGAAUUCUCCACUAAGUAAGUGUUGCUUGUUUUGACUGUAGCAAUAGACCUAUAAAAUCAAGUUAUUAUUUUUGAAUGUAUAGCCACCAGUCUAGUUUUACAAAGCUUUUGCAGUCUUAACUUGCCUUGAGACCUCAUUGCCUCUAGCAAGCUCAGGUGAAACUGCCCAAAGGUUUCAAAUCUUAUGUAAGGAGGAAGGGAACUGGAACAACAUGCAGGAUAUCUGUGUAAUGUAAGCCUUGUUUCCAUAGGAAACCAAGCUAUUGAAAGAUAAAUAUACCUAGAAAUUGUGGGCAUUUUAGCAUCAUUAACACCAGCACUCAGUACAUUAUUUAAUACGUAUUCUGAGACUUCUGAAUAAAAGGUCUAUGCAGAAAUACUGCAAAGAUUGCCUAAACCAGGAUCUGGCAUGGACUAGUAAAGAAAAAUUACAAAAAAUCCACCCCAAAACACAAAAAAAAAAGCAAAAUAAUUACAAAUGUGAAAAAGUGUGUAUCUGCUUUUCAUCAUACUGAGGGUGUUGAUUUCACUGCCAUUUAUUUGCAUUCAUUAAUUCUUAUGAUUUCAUCAUUAAAGCUGUGUCAGUGAAUGGCCUCAGAUACAUAAAUACUCAUGUUGCAGAUGUGUUACUCAUCUAGAGUGUUCUGUGUGUUGCAGACCCAAUAACUUUAAUAAAUAAUAGCUGCUUAAAUCUUUGAUACCUCUGCAGGCUAACAGAAAAAUAGACUUAAUAAUGUACUUUUAACCAAAAAAAGAAAAAUGUCAUGCUAAUCCUCCAAACAACCCAUUUCCCAAUGUCUUUUCAGACCUGAAAACUUUUUUCACAUUUUAUUUUGUAAUAAAGUUUUCUCACUUGCAUUGAGUUAAUUCCUUUAUUUUCUGGUGAUUUUUGUUUCUUUCCCAUGUCUGUGUUUUCAAGUAGGUGUACAUCUGACAACCAAUGUUUGAAGUACAAAUAGAGAAACUCUUUUUUGUGCGCUGUGUUUAGAUGCAAAACUCUUUCAAACUUCCUACGUGAAGAACACUGAGUUCUGAAACAGUAACUCCUUGUAGAAAAGUACUUGUUUUCUACUGUCUGAAAGGAAAUUGAAUACCAAGUCCAGAAUAGACUGCCUUUGGGGAGAAAUGUGUGAUUGUGGUAUGAUGUUAAUUUAGCUGCAGAAUGAAAUAUUCAUGGCUUUCUGUAACUUAUAAACAACAACAGCAAAAAUGACUGACAUUUUUACACACAUGCUUACACAAAAAGAGAUGAAAAGAAGCAUGGCUAAAUCUAAGUUGUACAGCAGUGAUCAACGGGAUGAUUCUGUCCUUUAGCAAGUCACACUUGCAAAUGAGUAGCUGGAAGGAAUUAUAGUAGCAGAUGCUGCUGUUUGUUUGCACUCUUUUGGGCUACUAACAAGUGCAUGGCAGAUGCUGUAACUUUGAUGCUUCUAAUGGAAUUAUUUUGGAUAAAUUAUUGUUUUAUACUAUUAUAUCUGUUUGAGCACCUCCUGAUAUUUUAGUAGGGAGAUUCCUGGAACUUCCCCAGAUCUUGGAAAUGUUGUCUUGCUUAGUCUUUUAGAUAUGCAGCAAAGACAACUCACAAAUUUAUGGCCCAAGUCAGAAAGUAGUUAACUCUAUGUUUAGAUUUAAGCAGUGUGGCUAUAGGACCAAUGUAGGUACAUGUGUAUUCAUUUGUAUAAUGUAAUCAGAUUAACUCUUAUUUUUGCAAAACGAAAACUUGUGUUUACACAGACUGAAUCUGUUAUAAACCCACUGAGAUUCUGUGGCUGACUUCGUUACAUCAGGGAGCCAGAAUUCUCCUCUGAAUCCCAUGUUCCCAGUUGGGCCACACAGAAACCACAUGCUGACUGGAACAGGCUCAGGGACAGUGUUGCCCCACAGGAUGCAAAAGUGAAUUUCUCUCUGGGAAGGAAUACUUGAUCUGAAUAUUUUGGCAGGCUUUGAGAGAGAGCAUUGAGUCUCUGAAAUUCUCUGUGGUUUGUGUUUUUGUGGUUUUGUGUUUUUGUUUUUGUUUUUUUAAUUGUUAAAGGGAAGUGUGCUAACCAUGGUAAGCAGACAAAUUUUAGUCCUGCUAGUAGGUUAUUCUGCCAGAUUAGUUCCUUCAGCAAUUUCAGUUCUUCUGUCUCACAGACAUGAAACUGCAAGUUGUUCCAAUAGGUGUCUUCUACUUCAUAUGGAUAUUUCAGAGUUUAGUAACUAUAUUUCUUCAUUAUUUUUAGAAUGCUUUGAGAAGUUGCCAUUUUUUUUCUUUAAUGACUGUAUUGUGAUUAAUCUAAAGCACAAAUGAUUCUGAAAAAAUAAACUGAUUAAAUGGUAAUGAGAUUAGAAGAAAAUUAACCACAUAUGUGGCAAAGCAUGUUUUAUUUUGUAUACUUGUUCUUCUAGAAACUAUGCAGUCAUGGGAAGGACAGAUUGCAUAUCUUCCUGCACCAAAACAGUCUUCUUUCAUACAUUGUAGGCACUUUCACCCUAUAGAAUGCUAGACUACUGUAUUUUUGGAAUUAAAAAAAAAAUAAGUGCAAAGAUAGACUGAAGUGAGUCUAGCAAAUGGCCGCUUAAUAUGCAACAAACCCUAAAGCAAUUAGUUUUCCAGAUCCAUGAAAAAAAAAAUGUAAGCCUACUUUCAGGUUAAUUUAGUAAAACAAUUUUUGUGGGUUUUUUUUGCCUAAGUUUGUUUAAUUGGUCUCCAUUUUCAUAGUGUCUGAAAAUAUCGCAAAGUCUGUGAGGUGAGAAAUUUAGUAGUUUUGCAGGAGGGUGUGGAGAACCACAGACACGUGGCUUUCUUGGUCUUGUUGACCAAGAAAUUUAAGUGUUCCUUUUAAAGACAAGCACCCUUUUUGUUCCUGAUAUCUGUGACUGAGGACUUGAGCCAAGGUCAUAAAAAGGUCUGACAGGACAUAGCCCCCAGACUUACCCAGUGACAGGCUGUCCAUAUCCUGCUUCUUGGCUGCACAGGUGGCACUUUGAGAGUCCCCACCUGCUUGUGUGACCUUGCUUGUGAGUUUACUGAGCCCACACUUUUCCCCCCAGCCAGGCUGACUGGUCAUGGCAUACUGCUCUUCCUAUCAGCCCAGACCCUAACUCAGGCAGUAGUUUUUAAGAAAAAACUGAAUUCAAGACCAGUGUUGCUAUGGAUAUUGUUUUGUUUAGGGAAUGGGGCAAGUCACACAAGCAUAAUGCUGUGCAUUGUUGAAUAAACAGCAUACAGCAAAACCAAAAUCCAAAAAAGAGCAUCCCCAGCUCUACUGGCCCACCUUUAAACAGUAUCUUGUAGGUGUUAUGAGGCAUUUUCAUAUUGCUUAUUGGUGGUCUAGUAAAUGUCUGUGAUGCACUUGGAUGCUUUUUAUUUACUUUAGCUAUAUGUACAGUAUUCACUAAAGACUUUCAGCCUUUUACCCCGUUUAUGGGUGCCACAAACUGUUAGCUUAGUGCUCAACUAUUUCUCUGUUUUUCUACUCCUUUUUUUUUUUUUUUUAAUUUUAGUUGCAAACUACCAAUAAUUAAUUUCAGGCCCUCAUGGGGUUGCUUUAAGCCGAUGCUAUAAAGUGUUGAAGCCACUGGAUCAUCCAUCCUUCCUAUCCUAGAAAUACCUUUGGUGUGCAGACAAGCACAGCGAUGUAGUUUUAUUUAGUUUUCUGUGAAAAAGGAAAGAAAGAGCAAAGAAUUCUGGGCUGGUAUUCUUGGUAGUUUUCAUGCAUGUGUGCUGUGCUAAAAAAGAUUUUAGAUUUUGUAAAAUAUGUGGAAAUUAUCAGGAAUAUGUUUAAAGCUUGAAUGUGAAGACACAAAUAAAUAAAAUGAAUGACUGAUCUGAAAAUAGUUUUAGCAAGCAGAGUACAUGGCACCACUGGAGUUUGCUAAACUUCACGAAACAGACAAAACAAUCAAAUGAAAAGUAUAAUCUGUGAAUAAAAUAUUCUAGGACGGAUUCGAAUUUGUAGGACUAAUACAGAGGGGCUAUACAAAUUGUUCUCAUAUAUUUGAAUUUUUUCUUCUAUUGCAGUUCUGUAACUUCAAAAUUAUUUUUUGCAAGUUGUAUACAACUUCUGAGAGAGGGUCUCCUUUAAACUCAGUCACUUCAGUUAAACAAAGCCAUGUUUGUGUGUCAGUAUUUACUUUCACUGCUGUUGCUUUCCACUCAGAAAUAUCUCUAUGCAUCCUUUGUCUACAAUAGAUAACACAGCAGUCAUCAUUUGCAGUUGAAGAGACAUAAAAGCACAGACACACCUGACACGCAGGCACAAACUGCCCAGCUGUGGUGCAUCAGCAACGUGAACAGGGCACACGGAGGCCGGCAGAGCUGCACAGUUCGUCUGGGAAGUAAGACAAGCACACAUGCUGUUAGUCUGUGCUGGCGCUGCAGUCUGCCGUGGAAAGCUCCAUCAGUAUUUGAACUAGGCAAUUUAAAGCAAACACAGUUGGCUGCACUAUAACCUAUUUGAUGCUGGAAGGUGACUAAAGCAACUUUUUGUUUUGCAGGAGUAGUAGAUAUAAUGAGACAGCAGUAGCAGUGCGCUCUGAAUUCCCCUUGGAAAAUGUGUUGUUUUGUUCCCAAAAAUGUGUCUCAUAAAUCUUUUUCAUUUGAAUAUACUUUUUCGUAAUUUGACUGAGCUGUGAAAUUGUAUUAUUUUUCAGGAAAAUUUUGGGAGGGGUGGGAGUGGUGUUAGUCAUUCCGAGGUCCUGUGUGACAAUCCGUUGAAAGUUGCUGGUGUGAACAGUUUUUGCAGAUGUAGGUUAUUCAUGCCUGUUUACUCAAAAUAUGUAACAACCCAUGUUCUUAAUUCUGUUUGAACAGUCAGCUUGAUGUAUUUUACAUUGAAAUGCAAUGGAGUGGAGAAGGAUCAUAGGCCCAGCAAACACCCUUAGAUAACGGUGUCUGACUGAUUGAGCCCAUUCUCUGCUGUCUGAGAUUGCUCCUGCAUUUACUUUAACAUCCUUGCUCCAGCAGUCACUGCAACUAGGUUACAAGUGUAAAAAAGUAAGGACGCUCAGUAAACAGGGAGCUAGAAAGAGAGAGUCAGUCCAUUAAAUUAAGUCCAGAAAUAGGACAGUCUAUUAAAUUAAAUAUAUUUGGGAGAGACUCAUCUAUGAAGCAGUGGAAAGGAGCCUGGAAUUGCAAUGGAAAUGCUCUACUUGGGUCAAGACCACUUAUUCUCCCUGUGGUGCCGCAGAGACUGUAGAUCCCGCAGUGUGACUUACAGCCCUCUGUUGCUAUAGUUCAGGAAUGGUGUGAUGAGGACUACGGCUGUACAAAAAGAGGUCAUGCUGAUGACCUUCAGAAUAUGUUUAAAAAUUAUAUGUAGCAUCUUUAAAGGUCUUAAAAACACUUAAAACUCAAAGCUUCAUCCUUCUGGUAAUAUUAAGGCAGUGCAUCAGUACAAGUUCAGAGUCUUGGAUCUUGGUAUAGGGCUGAAGGACAUAGAUAUUAGCCAAGUCUCAAGUCCUGGCAAGCUAUGUCCCAUUAGACUGGGCUUUUGUGGAAAUCAUCAGGCAGGUCUUGUGCCAUUUCUCAUGCUCUACUUGUGCAGAGGCAAGAGCAGUUCCUCUGAACAACAAGACUCGUCUUCCCCAUGGCAGUGGGCUGCCUAACAGAAUGGGAAAUUACAACUGUCUGUGGAAAGGGACAAAGAAGGAUUUUCAUUAGAUAUUGUCAGCUAAUCUCUUGAUUUCAAAUUCAGAAAUGUAUGUCUUCUUUUGAUUGCUUUUACUUUCUCUUAAUCCAUACAUUUCUAAAUUUGAACAUGUGUUUCCUAUGGUGUCUGCCGUGGCAACCAAACAAGCUCAGCUACCUGUACACAGAAACCUGAGUCUUCAUUACCUCUUUUUAACACUUUAACACUUUGUUAGCAGGGUUAAUUUAACGUCAUUCAUUCUUUACCAUGCUGUGGCCAUCAUAGUUCUCAUAAAAUAUCUGUUUAUCAAGAAAUAUGGGACUGAAGGGGAUUUUCUGGGCCAUUAAGUUUGUUCCCUGCUGUUGCAGGCAGCCAGGAUUCCUUUCAGAAACUGAUGAAACAUUUUAUCAGCAUUUGAAUUAUUGACCUCAUGAUUGCCUGUCUCCUAGAAGCCUAAUUCAGUUUAAGGUAAAAUACUGAUUGCCUGUUUAGACAAUAACUGUAAUACCUUUAUUUUGCACAGGUUGACAUAAGGGAAAGAUCUGUUUUCUCUGGCAUUUGUAGUUGAUGUACCUCCUGUUUAUUUUUAUUUUCUCUGCUAGGUUUCACUCAGCUUGACUGCCAGCCAUCCUCCUUUUUCCUUGAACCUGCUUAUCUCCAGGAUUUUAAUCAACUCCUAUUCUCAUUCCUUUUCUCCUCUCUGUUUACUUUUUGCAUUAAUCUGGAGAAAAAUACCCAUUUAACUUGGUUUGCAAUAAUUUCCCUGCAAAACCUCGCCUCCUUGGAUUUUUAGUGAAAACUGAAAUUAUAGGUUAGACUAAUAUUUGAUGUUGUAUGUCGCAUCAUUUACAUGAUAUGGAAUGUAGCCUUAUUAAUUACAUUAUCAGCAUCUAAAAGCAGGAAGUGCUCUAAUGUACAUACACGCAUGUUAUUAUUGUAUUGUUGUUUUGUAAGUAUAGGCUCUUUUUAUGCCUGUGCUUCUGUGAAAUUCACAGUAGAGAUGCAACUUAGAGAGCCACUAAGGGUGAUUCAGGCUCAAGGGAUCAAGUCAGACUGUUGCUGAAGUCUUCAGUUUUAAAGUACCCAAAUUCACAGCAGAAAAUAAAUGGCUGUUCUGGCUUUAGAAAUUAUUUCUUAAUGUAGACCUGCUUCCUGUCCAUCUAAGAAAAUAAAGCAUCAUGAACUUCCCCUCUGCAACUAGCUUGUAUUUUGAAACAAAGUGUGAUAAAGAAAGUGCCUUCCCCAGGAAUGCUGCUUAUUGUUCCACGAAGGUGGGCAGGAUCACCUCCCGUGUCCUUCUGAGUGCAAGAAAAGAAGGGAUGUUGGUUCCACUCCCAAAAUGUUGCAGAUGAGCUUGUAUGAAACUGGAAGCAGUGUGUGCUCUGCAAAGAAACAAUGUGUGAAGCAGAACAUUUCACUGGGAGUGCUACCAGCCUGUGAUUAUAACUAUUAUUAUGUUGCUGCAAAACCUGUAUUUUUGGCGAAGUUUGUUUUGUUUUGUGGUUGUUUUUUUUUUUUUUUUGGUUGUUGUUUUGUUUUGUUUUGUUUUUCCAGGACUGCUCUGAACUAGCAAGCACAGUGCCCUGGGAAGAAGCUGUAAGGGUGACUGCAGUGAAAGUGCAUUUCUUCCACUGAAAGAAGUCACAACAAUUUCUCCAAACACAUCAUCUAUAUUUGAGCAGGGCUGUCGACAUAAACAAAUGUCUCAGGAAGGUUUUGGGAUUUUUUUAAAGAGUAUCCAAAAUCAGCCUGGCUUCAGUGAGAGAAGUCUUACUUGGCAAGAGUCCCUGCAGAACCUCUCCACACCUUUGCAGGUUUCCACCAAGAUCCUCAGAAGCAAUACAGUUUUGCCAAGCAGAGCUGACUGCAAGGGAAUACAACACAUUUACAGUGACUCCAGAGAACGUAAAAAUUUAGAGAAAUGUAGAUUUCACGCAACAAAGGAAAGGCACACAGCUAAAUAGUUGGAUGCGAAAAGGUAAAUGGAGAUGAAAUAUAUGUAUGUGAGGAUAUACUACAAGAGUAUAGUAGACUCAUUUAGUCAGGUAGAAGGUCAGUUGGCUAGUGUGAUUGAAUGAAGAAGUUUGAGUAGAUAGAUUCUGUCAGACACUAAAACUUUUGUGCAGUCAUAUUGGUAAUUUAGAUACUUUCCUAUGAACAGAAGUACUAUACCCAUCAGCAACAAGAACACAGGCAUCAAUGCUUGUAGUUUCUCUAUCAACUCUGAGGUGAGAACAUGCCAUGACCUACCUGCGAUAAUUUAAGAAAGAACAUUUAUGAGUUGGAGUUAGGGAGGCUCUUUAUUAAGAAGAAAAGACUAUGAUACUGUAUUAAAAUCUACUUUCUGGUCCUAUGUGUACAGUUACUAUUUAAUCGAGAAAAGAAAUCUAUGGCUUAAGGAUUUCACUAAACAGAAUUAUAAAGAAGCCAUUAUUACUUAAUUUUCUGGCAGUUUUACCUUAUGAGAGAGCUGAAAAUGUGUCUCCAGUCAACUUCAAAAAGAAACUGUUCUUUGAAUGUCAGCUAUAUGGCACUAGUAUGACUGUUUAGUCAUAUCUUCAAAUAAUCUUGACCUAAAUAAAUUCCACAGCCAUUUUAUCACUCAGAUACAGGCAGUAUUUUAAAGGAAAUUGAUUAUUUCUGACAGUGCAUGUUCUAACUUAUAAGGAAGUUGUAGCUUAUAACCAAGCUGCCAAACCUAUUUCAAAACAAUUAUAGUCAAUGACAUAAUGUCCUUUAACAAAAAAAAAAAAAAAAAAAAGAAAAAAAAAGAAAGGCAAGAUAACAUCUAGAAGCUGAGAUGAAUACGCAGGAGCAUGCUGUGAUUCUGGGUAGCGGAAAGCACUGGAUCUUUACUGAAGGGUCUGGGGGACAAAUCUUAUGAGCAGUGGCUGAGGAAACUGGGACUGUUUAGCCUGGAGAAAAGGAGGCAGAUCAACACUCCCACCCAAUUACGUGUCACCUACGCACUGACUAAGGCUGCACUCAAUCCCCUCAUCCAGAUCAUUGACAGAGAGAGAAAACAGAACUGCCCCCAAUACUGAGCCCUGGGGAACACCACUCCUGACUGGCCACCAACUGGAUUUGGCUCCGUUCACCAGAACUCUUCGGGCCUGGCCCUCCAGCCAGUUCUUUAUCCAGUGCCCCAUCACUGGAUAGCAGGGAGAAGAGCUCAGCAACCCCUCUCCACCUCCCCUCCUCAGGAAGCCGUAGAGAGCCAUGAGGUCGCCCCUCAGCCUCCUUUUCUCCAAACUAGACAAGCCCAAAGGCCUCAGCUGCUCCGCACAGGACAUUCCUUCAACCUUUUCAGCAGCUUUGUUGCCCUCCUCUGGACACUUGCUAGGACCUUCACAUCCUUCUUCAGUGGUGGGGCCCAGGGCUGCACAGAGUGCUCAAACUGAGGCCACCCCAACGCUGAAUGCAGCAGGACGAUCCCUUCUACUGACUGGCUGGUCAUAGCAUGUUUGAUGAACCCCAGCACGCUCUUUGCCCUCUUGGCUUCCAGGGCACACGCUGCUGCUCGUCUUGAGCUGCUGUUGACCAGCACCCCGAGAUCCCUUUUUCAGGGCUGCUCUCCAGUCACUCCUCUCCCAGUCUAUACUUGUGCUUAGCGUUAAUCUGUCCUACGUGCAGAAUCUGGCCUUCAGACUUCUUAAAUUUCAUCCCCUUAAUGACUGCCCAGUGCUCCCAUCUACCGAGAUCCCUCUUCAAGGCUUCUUGUCCCUCAAGAGAAUCAACAGCGCCUCCCAGUUUGGGAUCAUCAGCAAACUUGCUAAUAGUGCUUUUAACUCCUGCUUCCAGAUUGUUUAUGUGUAUAUUUAUAUGUAUAUUGGACAGAACCGGCCCCAGAAUUGAAGCCUGAGGAAUGGUUUUGUUUGUAGUUGGCUUGCUUGUUUGUUUCUGGCAAUGUUAUUCUUUACUUUUCCCUCAGUUCCCCAAAUAGGCUAUUUUGAAGGUGUGGUUAUCAAACGAACCGUUUCCCAUGAACAGCCAGCAACAGUGAAUGUGUUGUCCCAAAAUGAGAACGAAGUCAUGUUUCUACACAUUUGUUCUCAGCCGCUCCUCACAGGACAUUCCUUCAACCUUUUCACCAGCUUUGUUGGUGUUGGACUCGGCGCUGGGAUGCAAGUGUCAGGGGGUGCUUGGUCUCAAUCCAUCGCUCAGUUAUGUUAUCGUCCAUGACUCAAGGACAUUAGUAUCCUUCACUCUGGGAUAUCACAAUGGAGUGUUUUCUCCUGCAGUGCUUACUCAUAUAUGUGGUGUUUCUGCAAGGCCACUGUCCACUCCAUCCUCUGAUCUGUUGACUUCUGCUUGGCAUCUGUGGUUCACACCAGUCACCAGUCCCUCAUCCAUGUCUCCUCAGGACCCUGUCAAGUUCCUGGGGCCUUGGCUGACGUAUCCAUGCACUUGCAACCAGAGGGUUCACUCAGUAAUGCCUCCUGCCUCCCUGGGAGGCUGCAGCACAAAGUCCCACGGGCUCUCCCCGCACCCCAGCACUGCUGGCCAUCCCUCUGUGCUCCCCUUCUUCCCCCCACAGAGGGUCUCAGGCAGCACCUGGCUGACUCUCAGGGAUCCUGUUCUACCCAGGGAGGAUCAAAGCCCAUGGCAGCCUCCAGCCCCGAGCCCUGGCUGUCCAUUUGCUGAGGGCGGCUGCACCACACACGCCCUGUGGAGACAUCGCAGGACACGCUCCCUUCUCCAGAAGGGUCUCUGUGUUGGGUUCCUGAUGCCCCUUGGACCGGGCUGGUCUGGAUGAGGCCCAGCCUCCCCAGCUCAGGAUGAUGGGGGCACAGCACCAAACACUUGGUUUACAGUCCAUAGCCACUUCAUGCCAUUAUUGAAGGUGUUUUGUUGUCUGAAAGAAUCCUUUUUGUUCAGCAAAGUGCAAAACAGGCCUUAUCUUGUAGGUGCUCGUAGUCAUGUAUUGCUUCAUGUUUUCAUCGAUGGUGUGAUAACAACCUCAGUAAAUUCUGUUCCUGCUAAUUAAGUGCAAAACGCACCUUACCUCACAGGUGUCCAUAGUAGUCUGUAGCCACUUUUCGUGCCAUUAAGUAGAUGCAAUUUUGGGAAAUGCAAGCCAAACUUUACAACACACAGCUUAAGAUUUCAAUACAUUCAGGUUACUAAGUAACAUGAAGCAGACAAUAUAUUAAAAAUCACCUGACCUUAUAAUUCUAAGUGAUUCAUACACACUUACUUAAGCUGAAUGCUUGAUAUGAAACUUAAAUUGGGCCCAUCCAGUGAUCUGUGAGUGGUAAAAGACUUUUGCCAAAGAGCCACACUUGCUCAGCACAGAGAGCUCAAAGCAGGCUCACCCAGGCUGUCAUCCGUGUGGAAUAAAGCGGUUGGCUUAAAGUCAAAUCACAUGCAGCGGGCAAGGUCUGCACAAGGCCCCUUGCGCCCACAACGUAUUGGUGUUCAGUGUGUCGUUCUGCUUCCUUGCGGGUUUCCUAGAAGGAGUUCUCUGCCCAGCUGCAGCUCAGGCCUUUAGCUCCUUUGGAGCCUGAACCAAACUGCUGUUGGUUUGGCUGAGUGCCUCUUUCACAUAGGUGCAUUCUCAAUAUAUAUUAAUUCUCCAUAUACAUUAGAAAUACUGGUAGACUAGUUUGGGCUUUUUGCCGGGGCUGGCUGAGGUAGCUGCAGAAGGUCCCAGCUUUCACUUGCUUCAGACACAUCAUACCGAGCACUGUUAGACUCCUGGAACUGGACUUCUGGUUGUAUUUACUUUUUAAUUUCUGUGACUUCUGCCAACUGUUCUUGUUUCUCUCUGUUGUGUUUUCUUCUAUGGCGUUACCGAAGGUUUCUCAGAUUUGAGACUAACGAACAUUAUACAGAGAGCAUUUUCAAUGUAACAGUGUCUGGCCCUGGUGCUGAUUAUUUUUGUGCUGUGGAAUAUAGGAAGCAGAGUGAUGGUGGAUAAAAAUGCUACCAAGUAAAAAGCUGAUGAGUUGAUAUUAGUCAAUGUCAAAUACCCUUUAAUAUUAGCUUUUUAUAAGGUGAGGACUGAUUUAUAUUAGAACUGAAACAAGUAAUUUAAAAGCCAUGUUUAUGGAAGCUAAUAGCUCUGAACUUGUUCUGGUUUUCCUUAAAAAUAGGGGACAUCGUUUCAGUUUAGGCAGAACUGCAGGAGGUCACGUACAGACGGGUACAAAGCUUGACGCUUUCUCAUCUCCCCUCCAUGCUCCCUGUGUACAUACAUACGCUGUCACUCCUCCAGGUUCAUCUGUUUGUUUCCAGGCAGGGGUGGAAAGUGAUUGAAAAAUAAUACAGUUGUAGUGAACAACAAAAGAAUGUGGUCUUUGCUAUGUAGAAGAUGCACAGUCCGUGAAUGGAAGGAAGACUACUGGCCUAAAUGCAACGUGGAUGGAUGGAUGGAUGGACGAAUGAGUUUGCCAGACAAACUGGAGGACAUUUUGACAAACAUGUAAGACAUUCUCACAAGCCCACCUGCACGUUUGGAAAGACUCUGUGCAGAUGAGAUUACAAAGCAGCCAAACGGCAUUGCCACUUCUGUGGGUUGACAUGAUUAGGAAAGCCUUGCUAUGUCACUGUCGCACAGCGCUCUCCACCUGGGCGCUGCAAAGGGCAUCCACAGUGGGGCAACACACAGACCUCCCUGGCACACCAGUAACGGCCCCGCAUCCCACCAGAGUGGGGAUAUUUCUAAAGAAACAAGAGCUCCACUUGAUGCAGAGCACCCCUGAGGAAAGGGCUGCUGCAAGGCAUGGCCGCCUUUGGCCAGGAGAACCGAAGCAGAGAGGCUUGUGCCUCUGCUCCUCCGUGGACCUGAGCCUCGUCCCAUCUCCUGCCCCCACUCCUCUGCAGCCCACGGCGUGUGCAGCCCGUGCCUUGAGUCCCGUCGCCCAGGAACGUGGCAGGGAGGGCUGUGGCACUACCAGCCUGCAGGCUCUGCACCCACUUUCAAGGCUUCUGGGUGGAGGAGAUGGUAGGGCCCAGCGGACACGUGAGGAAGCUUUGUGUGCAGCACCAGCAAAAGGGAGAGAAAGCAGCAUGAGCGGGGACAGCAACACCAACUGCAUUGUCAGUGAUCCUGAGACCUUUUCUGCAUAUUUUGUGCCUUUCUGUUCUUUUAUUGCAUAGUAACUAGAUGUAAGGGCCCAGGACCUCUUGGGGAGUAGGCUGAGCCCCAGCUGCCAGCCCGGCCAUGGUUGAGCAGCCCUUGCAGCACCCUCCCAUCAUCACUGACGGUGGGGCGGCUUCUUGUGGGGCUGGGAGGGUUCCUAAGCGCAGCCGGCCUUCUUCUCGGGGCUCAGCCGUCCCUCCCAUUGGCUGCCCCGGCUGGAAGCCGAGGGCCCGGGCACAGCCUCCGCGCGGUCCUCCUGCAGGUGUUCUCGCUCUCCGUGGCUGGAAACAUGAGCACUUGCGGGGCUGCAGGGAUGUCACACAAAGAGAUGGCACAGGAGCACGAGCAGGGCUGCCGUCCCUCUCUCUGGCAGCACGGGUGUCCUCAAGGCCCAGCUGACGUCGGACCUCCGCGCUGCACCGGCGCACGAUGGUGUCGACGAGCUGUUGGACGAAGCUCCUCGUGCGCCCGCCCAGGGAGGCCUGCAGCAUCUGGAUCAGACUCUCCUCAUCCAGGCCGAAGUAGCGCAGGCUGGAGAUGAAGAGUCUCUGCGCUGCUGCUGCCUCCUGGGCUCCCUCCAAGAGCUGCCCCGGCUCCUGAUGCAGCCUGGGCAGGAGGGGCUGGAGGACAGCAGAGUGGUCAUGGAAGAUGGGAGCCUAGGUGUAGGCAUCUCUUGUCUUCUCCUUGGCAUUGGUGUUCCACUCCAGUCACCGAGCAGUUGGCUGUGUCUCUUGACCCCCAGCCAACCAUCCAGGCCAUGGUGUUGUGGUCCUGGAGCCACCCUCCCAGCGUCACUGAUGCUGCGGUGGCUUCUUGCGGGGCUGAGCGGGGUCCUCAGAGCUGCCAGCCCUCCUCUUCGGGGCUCGCCGGGGCCUCCCAGGGGAGCGUUGGCUGCCCCGGCUGGAAGUGGAGGGCCCGGGCACAGCCUCCUCGCGGUCCUCCUGCAGCUCUUCUCGCUCCCCGUGGGUUGGAUGGGGAGCGUUGCGGGGGCUGCUGGGACUCCCCCGAAGAGCUGGGCUGGGGGCAGGAGGCUCCCCGUGGGAGGCAGCAGGGCCCGGAGCAGGAUCAGGGCUGCUCUCCCGCGCCCCAGCAGCAGGGGUGUCCUCCAGGCCCAGCCGACGUCGGACCUCCCCGCUGCACAGGCGCACGACGGUGUCGACGAGCUGCUGGACAAAGCUCCUCGUGCGCCUGCCCAGGGAGGCCUGCAGCACCCGGACCAGAGAGUCUUCGAUGAGGCCGAAGCGGCGCAGGCUGGACAUGAUGAGUCUCUGUGUUGCUGCUGCCUCCUGGGCAUCCUCCAAGAGCUGCCCCAGCUCCUGGCGCAGCCAGGGCAGCAGGGGCUGGAGGACAGCGGGGUGGACGCGGAAGAUGGACGCCCAGGUAGAGGCAUGGAAGCCGCCCACGGGAGCCCUGGGCAGCGGCCCCGCAGCCGGUGGCCGGGCUGCUGCAGGCUGAUGGAGGCCGUGGGCGGCUGGGUGUCCGGGAGCCCCUGCUGUCACGCGGACGACGACCGAUCGUACACGUGGCGGGAUGACCCGCUCCUCAUAGUCGUCGUCCGCCCGCACCGAGUGCAAGAUGGAGGUCACCCUCCUCUUGCAGAGGGGGCACUCGGGCUUGGUCUCAGCCCACCGCACGAUGCACGGGUAGCAGAACUGGUGCAGGCAUGGCAGGACGUAGCUGGCCUCCUCCCAGCUGUCCAGGCAGAUUGGACAGCGGGUGUCCAGCUCCGCGGCCAUGCUCUCCACGUGCGGCGGUGGGCUGUGGGGAGCUGGGGAUGUCACGCCGCUCCCUCUCGCUGGCGCUGCAGCAGCGGGUGUCACGCUAAAAAAGGAAGAGAGGCCACAGUCCAUCGCUGGUCCGGGCAGGGCUGGGAGCAACGCCCAGGCCCCUCAAGAAGGAGAGCCUCCUGGCUCCCCAGGGUGAGCUUUCCCCUCUCAGCUCACCUCUGCUGCUGCGAACGCUCCGCCUGGGUGUCCCGGCUGCCCGAACGAGCCAGGGCCGGGCAAAAACCUCCGAUGGCUCUGGGGUCGCGCACUGAGAGUUGCACUGAAGAACUCCCCGAACUCGACCUCAGCACCAGGAACCGCCUCGCAGAACACUCCAACCUCGCGUCCUCGCUCAGCUGGCGUGCGGGCAAAAACCGACGGGGUCAGGCUUGGCGCCCGGAUACAAGCAGCAAGGCAUGCGUGGUCACAAUGCAUCUCUUGGUGAUGUCACCGUCCAUCGCUCAGGGACAUCACCGUCCUUCUCCUGGCAAAGUCACCACGGGCCAUUGUCUCCCAGUGCUCAAAUGCAUAUGUGGUGUCACAGCAAGGCCACUGUUCAUUCCAUGCGCCAUCUCUUGCCUUCAGCUCAGCAACCGUGUUUCACUCCGGUCACCGACCCCUCGCCCAUGUCUCCCCAGGGUCCCGUCAGGUCACUAUGGCCAUGGCUGACAUCUCCAAGCACAUGCGACCAGAGGGUUCACUCAACAAUGUCUCCUGCCUCCCUGGGAUGCUGCAGCACAAAGUCCCACGGGCUCUCCCCGCACCCCAGCACUGCUGGCCAUCCCUCUGCGCUCCCCUUCUUCCUCCCACAGAGGGUCUCAGGCAGCACCUGGCUGACUCUCAGGGAUCCUGUUCUACCCAGGGGGGAUCAAAGCCCGUGGCAGCCUCCAGCCCCGAGCCCUGGGUGUCCAUUUGCUGAAGGCGGCUGCACCACACACGCCUUGUGGAGACAUCGCAGGACAUGCUCCCUUCUCCAGAAGAGUCUUUGUGUUCGGUUCCUGAUGCCCCUUGGUCCGGGCUGGUCUGAAUGUGGCCCAGACUCCCCUGAUCAGAGUCUGAAGGGUGAUGGUGGACACAUCACCAAACACCCCAGCAUCUCUGACUGCAGUGAGCCAUUGGAGCAGCUUUGGGAAGAAGCUGAAGCCUGUUCUCAGUUAAACAUCAGCUUGAUUUGGGAGCUCAUGGGUGGGAACUCUUGACUCUACCAUUCUUAGUUUCAAUGAUGUUACUCUAUUUUUCCUCGAUCCAGACGGAGAUAAGUUGUCAAACUCACAGCUCCUAGCCAAAUGACCAAAUAAUUAAAGGGAAUUUUUAUUAUUUGUUUUAUGUUUAUCCAUAGUUUACUACAAUUUCCCAGUCUGUGAAAUUAAGUUGACUUUUAGGGAGUACUCUUAGGUAAAAAGUUAUUUGUUGGAUUUAAAAGAUUAUUUUAGUCAUCCUGUGAGAAGUUCAAGACAUGAUUUCCACAUUGCAAAUUGUUCUGUUAGUCAUGGAAGGUGUUUUGGAAUAGACAUUUUGACUGGCUGGAAAUAUUUUAAUAUUAUUCUCCUGGCUUUGAUCCAAUCAAGGCAAUGUAACAGCAGAUAGAAGAGACAUGCAGAGAGAGAAGGAAAUAGGUUGAUUUCAUUUCAAGCUAUUAAAUAUUUGGCUUUAUGCCAAGGAACUUCUGAAUUUUGAAUAGUCUGAAUUUUGGAUAGUCCACUAUAUUUUAUUUCCACUAAAAGAGUCAAAGGGCGAAUCCUUAUUUUUUUUUUCCCCCAACAGAAUUGUUUUUAGACAAUCAAGUUAAAAAUAAUUAAAACGUGUUAUUUUUUCUUUCCCCUUCUCUAAUGAAGAAAGUUGGUUGGGGAGUUGCCAGACAAGUCCUGGGUACUCUGAUUUCCCAGCCAACAUGGCUCGGCAGGCAAUGAACUCCGAGAAGUUCAGAGCCAAAUGUUAACAUCCACUGUUUGUACUUCUGCCUCCUACUUUUUGCUGCAUGGAAGAGGAAGCUAGUGUGUACAUAUCACACUGUAGCAGUCUUAAACAGAUCAGUCUUGCUUUGGGGCUUUCAUGCAAAUUCUUCCAUUAUAUUUGUGAGGGAGUGUGGGUUUGCAUUACAGCACUACAAUCUUUGAGAUGUAAGUUUGGUGCUUGAAUAAAUUAAAAUUCUUUAAACACAACUUGUUCAUAACUGUGAAGUUUCACUUUGCACCCAGACCAUGAAGAACUGGGUGCUGUACAUGAUUAGGAUGCAGCAAUAGGAACUAUGAAUCAUUUGCUCCAGUUUUAUGAGUCCUUGAAGACUAUAGAUGUGAGGCUUUUGUUGGCUAUGAUGUGCUUUAUAUAGUUUCUGGGUCUGUUGCAAACUGUGCAUAUGAUCGAAGUACCCAUGAAAAGGCGUGCUUUGAGAUCAGGCCAACUUUUCUUAAAGAAAAAGACCUACAUUUUAGAUACCUUAAAGCAUGCAGUGGGAUACCUGCAAAAGGAAUCUAUUCAGAUCUAUGAAGGAGAUCCCAUGCAAAGGGACAAAUUCUCCUUGGAAGCACUUGUCUCUUUUCCCUGACCGGGACUUUGUGCCUGAAGUGUCACUGGAUAGCUGAGAUGCUGCACAUGGUUGCAAGUUAUUUUCAAUCAGCUCAUUAGCAGGAGGUGCCAAUUGUCAAUAACUAUUAAAUGCAGACAAUUGCCGCAGAACCAUUGCUGCCUCAUGGAGGACCUCAUGCUACAGGUCAGGGAAGUCCUUGUGAACAUUCUGUGACCGGUCUCUGGCAUAUGAAGACUAUGAUGAUUUGUGGACCUUUACUGUAGAUUUUCCUAUUAACUUAAGUUGCUACUGACUUUUGAAAGCUAAAUAAAAAACAGUGGUAUUUCUGUUUGCAUGGUAGUUAAUCGUUACUAAGCAUAAAAGAAAGCAAGUUGAGAUAAAUAGAGGAACCUUUUGAAAGAUAUCAGUGACUAAGAGGAAAAGCUAUGCAAAAAUAAUAUCAAUUGUAGGGGCUUUAAAUUAAAAAUUACCUGCAUUUGAUGUUUGAACAGGGAAUACAGCAAAAAGUGGGACCAAGUGUUUUCUUUCCUCAUUAAUUAUGCGGACACAAGUAAUUUUUCUCUUUUCAGUUCCAAAAGUAUAUGAUCUCAUAGGUUUUGACAACUUUACCACAAGCUGGUAAAUGUGUCUUGGUGAUGAAAAUAUAUGCAGUACCAGCCACGACAGAGUUCAUUGCAGAGAUUAAUUCCAGAAAGAGACUAUCAAGUUGAUAUUAUUAAAUAUUUUUAUGAUUGCUGGAAGUAUACUUUGGAAACCUUAUCAGCUCUAACCAUUUGAUUUUGACUUUAUGUGCAAAACCAGAUGGUUUAUUCAGGUAGUCAAAUAGAACAAUUGUUUGAGAAUUGUCAUUUUGCAAACUUGUUAAAUGUGAAAAUAUUUUUUCUUCAGGGCUGGCUGCAGCAGCAGUGAGGAACUGGAACUACAUGCCGGUCGUGAUGUUGUGCUGAUGGGAAGCUGAAUUCUUGCAGCUUCCCGGUUCCCAUUCAGAGCAAUAUGGAAAAUUUCCUCACCUUUCACUAAUGACACUGGCAUGACCAUGUGGUUUAUUUUAAGUUAGAAAUAAAGAUCUGGUUUAGAGUCUGCUGCUGAUGGAGGAGAGGCUUCCAUUAUCUUGUCUUUAAGGACCAUCACAUUUUGAGUUAAGCCAACAGAAUUCAUUUUGUAUAGCUCAAAUGGAGGAGGGCCAUACUCUAGGCACGAAAUGCCAUUUGGUGAACCAGCAGUAAGCACAUGCAUGAUGACUGUACAUAGUGAAGCACUGAGCUACCACAGUUAUAAACUCAGUAUAAGAACUCCUGUAGACUAGGACAGAAAAACAUAAGGAUUAUCAGAUGCACUGUGCUUAUCAUUUGCAUAGGAACUGCAACUUAAUGGAACUAUGGAAAAGAAAUGCAUUUACCAUAUAGUUAUUAGGUGGGUUGUAUUUGAGACACUUUUUCAUUUGUAUACUGCCUAUUACUUCAUUUAUUUCUAGCUGUAUUUUAGUGUACUACUAAAACCCUGUAUGAUGUGUGUAAUAUUAGAGGGGAGGUGUUUUUAGGAAAAGGAUAAAGCUAGUUACAUAUUUUCAGUACUUCUGAGUACUCUGUGCUAGGUAGAGCUGGAGGAAACACAAAGUGCCCAUUCUGCUAUGAUCAAGGGUGUCACGUUGUCUUUUUCUCUAUUUUUUUUUUCCAUGUAGUUAUCCCAAGUGUAGUAAAGACAGUAGUAGACAGUUGCCAACCAUCAAAGAAAUAAUGAAGCAUUUCAUUUAGAGGCUGUAGAACUGUUCAGACUAUCUCCUCAAGACUAAGAAUAGAACAGAGAAUUUAAAUGACAGUGCAGUGUUGAAUUCUUGUGUUAUUUCUACAGUGUGAAGCCUUUUUUUUUCCCGGUUUAGGAAGAUCCCAUGAUUAUUUUGAAUAGGCAGCUGGAAAACAGUUACGUAUGAACUCAAGAAGAUGUUAUUUGGGGACAAGGAAGAAUAAAAGCCUCAGAAAUCACAAAGACAUUAUUUCUCUGUCAUUAUUUUGGGUCACUGAAGGUUACACCUGAAAAGGAUAAUCUCAGAUAGGUAUUUCUAGGUUCGCAUAUGGAGAAGUAGGACAAGAGAUUAUUUAACAGAUCAACACAAAAUUUGUUGAUUAGGGUAGCUUGUGCCAAAUACUCAGUUUAUUUGGCAAUAAAUUGCUUUUUAUCUAGCUUAAUCUCUCUACUAAAAUUAUUCUAACUAAUCCAAACAAAACAAAACAACAAAAAAGGAAAUGCUUCUUUUUGGAUUAAAGCAUGAAAACUGAUUAAAAAUAGAAUCUCUUCAAAGACUAUGGAGCCCAGAGAGCAGGUAACCAGAAGAGAGUGCUACCUGCCAAAUGCCAGUACUUCUUCCGAUAUCAGAAAGUUCCCUAGGACCUUACGAGGGGCACUCUUAUUUCAAUAAGAUCGGGAUUCAGCUAAUUAAUAUGUCAAUUCUUUUCAACAUUAAUCCCACUACUGUAGGGAAAACAGCAGUGUUAAAAAAUGUACAUUUGGGCAGAAACAGAUUCUUAGAUUUAAGAAAUAAUAUAACAUUGGUCUAUGAGAAGCAUUUUAAGAAAAGUAAUUUCUCACAUAAAAUGGCAUUGACGUUGACUCUGGAAAUGUUUUGCAAUGAGGUUGUAGUUAGACUCAUUCUUAAGUCUGUGCCAACAUAUUGUAAAAGACAACAGCCUCAGAAAUCUGCCUUUGAAAUCUGGCAUAAUGAGCUCAUGUGUUUUUAAUAUGUUUUAUGUUCAAAAUUAAUGUAAAGUUACUGAAAAUACUGUAGAGCUUAGUGACUGCAUAACAGAAGCUAUAUUUUAACAUGUACGCAGAUAGUUAAAAGAUGUGAUGCUGUGAAAACCAGGCUAAUACAAAAUAAAGAAAUAUUCAGCAAAUUUAACAAAUAAUGUUCUAUUGGUUCUGUAAGUGUCCUGUUUUACUUACUUAACAAGGUGUGCUCAAGGCUCUUCCUUGAAAACAUUAACCAGACCUUUCCCAAAUGUGUCUGAAAUAAAAAUGUAAGUUCUCUCUUGCUGUGAGCAAGAGAUAUUAACUUUUGCCAUACAGUCUUCCUGAAAUGGUGGAAACUGGUGUAGAAUAAACUGCCAAAAUUUCAAAUAUAGUGAGUAUCUCAGUAGGCUCAUCAACAUCCCAACUUCCAGCAGCUGGUACAUUCUGAAUGGAAAAGCAUUUCAGUGAGAUAUUUCUGUCAUUAGUGCUUUUGUCACGAUGAACAAAAAAGUAAAUUGCAUAGUGGCUCGUUAUGUAGUUUCAUAACACCUGAAUGAGGUGUGAGGUCAUGUUCUACCACCCUCAAAGUCAAUACCUGACCUUGCAGGCAUACAUUUGCUCUCUAAAGAUUAUUUGGGCCUGCACUAUGCCAACUACACUGCUGGUUUUAAAACAGCAAAUUAAAUUAUUAAUUUAUUAUGUAUUUUUAAAUAGUCACUCAUUACACUGUCUGUCCAAGAAGGCAGCACUUCAGGGUCUCAGAUGUUUCAGAUAAAGAUAGAUGAUAUGUGAAUUUUUCUACAUCUGUAGUUUAAAAAGUCAGUUUUUGAAGAAGUUUUAAUAGAGUUAUAGUUGUAUGGAAGAUUCAGAGAAAAGUUUUGUAAUUUGCAAGUCUUCAAUGCCUUGAAGAUGAGACUUGAGCAUACAGGCAUCUCCAUAUCUCCAUGAUGAAUACUCAUGCUGAAAGGAGAUUUACAUCUUGCUGUGGCACGCACAGCUAGAACUGUGAUUCUCACUGAAUAUUUGUUGUGCUGCUUUCGUUUUAUCUGGACGGGUGUGGAUGGGUAGAAAAACAAUGUUCCAAAAUUAAAAGCUCAGAAGACCUUAAACUGACCUCCUAAGUCCAGAGAAUAACAAAUCAACAUUGAAGGCUUGCCCUCUCAAACUCAGGAAAUGCACUGCCAAAUAAUCUUGUACAGUGUAGUGAAGCCAAAAUAUUGAACCUUAUUUUAGCUCUGCUCUGACAGAUGCACCGAAGCCUUAGGCUCAGGAGCUGCAUGUGCUUUUCUGCUCAUGAGCAACAUCCAGCUAAAGCCUGUAAAAAACCCAAAAAAAACCAACAACAAAAAAAGUCCUGCACGUACACAAAAGGAGCUCCCCUUGCUGUAGGGCUGCCGGGUGCAGAGGACACGGGGAAUGCAGACUCUCGUACAGCUAGCGCAGGAGGUGGACAGUGCUUUGCUCUUUGGAGUCUGUCUUUCCUUGCUUGGGAAAGGAUGUCAGGAAUUAGGUACAACGGAAUAGAAGUGGCAGCCCAAGGAAGACCUGUGCAUUUUUGGUGAAGGCUGACAAGAGAUCCAGGCCCCUCUUGUGUUUGCUGUCUACAGCAGGCCUGGUCAGUGUCCCAUCAUUUAAAGUGACUAAGUCUGCAUCAGCCAUGAAUCCUAAAGCCAGAUUAUACCCAGCGGAGUAGAAAACAGGAGCUUCCAUUAAACCUAGAUACAAAGAUCUGUGAGGAUGUAAUUUCAAUUCCCUUAAGCCAAAGGUCCUUCUUAACUCAGCCCUUAAACUGGGUACAGAGCUAUGAGGUUUAAGGCUACACUCAGUACAACUGUAACCACUAGAAAUUCCUCUUUGGGACUGAGAUACUAUGGUGGGAGGCUGUGGCUGUUUUCUGGACAGCAGCAGUGUCCCAAGGGAUGGCUGUGAUUACCUAAAUACACUCUCAUCUCUCAGAUGGAGAGAUGACUGAGAUGCUGCUGGACCAGGUUUUUCUGCAGAGAACUCUAUCUGAGUGCCACCUCUUCAGUUUUCCUUUGAGGAUAGUUGACUUGUGAUAAAUUCUUAUAGGAAAGUGUUAACUGCAAAACUGUGUUUGUACCGACAUAAAUUUAUCUGUUUAGGGUUGUCAUGCGGGAAAUACUCCUACUCAAAAAAGGUCCUACAUUAGGAACUUUGUAUUCUGACAAAGUGCUGCCUGUAUGAGGACAAAAGCACGAUGGAAAUGCCUGGCUACUCCUCUGUAAUUUAUGCAGCCUGCAUAAUGCUUUUAUUGUAAGAUAUUACUUUUCUUCUUACAAUAAAAGGGCUAAAAAAAGUUAAGUCAGCAGAUAAAACAGAAGUGCUGCAAAUGAACUGUUUAGUCUUUUGCCUUGUCAGUUCAAGUAGAAUUUUCUGCUCUUCACUUUAUAAUUGGGUUGCUGUUUAUUUAGUUGCAGGGUUGUAAUUUUUUUCUGUUUGGGGUGAAGAAGAGCAGUAAUGUUUUGAUCUUAGUUUGAAAUAGGGAAAAUAAUAUAAAUACUCAGAACCUUCUAAGUAAUGAAAUGGGGAUUCUCAAGUAAAAAAAAAAAUGCAAACUUUAGAAAUCAGAUGUCAGAAAUUAGUUUAGGGUUGCAUAUUGCAAUUAAAAAUCGUCACAAUGACAUAUGACAAAUAUAAUAUGGAGAGUUUAAGUACAUAUUCCAUGUAACUGAAAUGCUGCAAUUACUCCAGGAUACUUUGAUACUAGAAAUUUAUCAAGAAGCUUGUGGGACAGAGCAAGAGGAAGGUCUGUAUUCCUUUCAGAGAGAAGAUGGAUGCUAACGUCAGGUGGGAUUUUUAUCCAGAGACACUUGCAGUCAUCAGGCUUGUCAGGAUGUUUUUUUUAUCUGACUAGCAGGAACUGUGACUAAGAGUGUGUACAGUUACUAACAACAUUGUGAUGGCAGAACUAGGUGCUGUCAGUAUUAUCUUUUAUAAUACAGAUAUUUCUUAAGCUGCGGGUGCAGUGGGUGGUGUGUGAUCUGUGAAGGAUGAGAACAGCUGAAACGGAUAUGUUUUUUUUUUUUUUUUUCAACUGAGACAGAGAGACAACUCCUCCCAGACCUUCCAUGCUGUCUCUGUGUUGGUUUUCCCUAGCUUUUUGGCACAGCCUUGUCCAGGCAGCAGAACCAUUUGCACCAUGAAGAACUGAAAGGUCUUGACAUUAUCAUAGUGUUUUAUGGAUGCAAAAAUCACUGCCACUUUGUCUGGGUGCAGUACAGAGCCUGUCAAAGGUGAACCCAGAUAAGGGGAACUGAUGAGAAGCUGAGAGGUCAGCUGUUCCCAUCCCCAUCUGAAAUUCCAGGAAUGUUAUAUCAGAAUUACAAGCUUCAUAUUCUGAUGCACCUUGCUUGAGAGGGCAGCAGCUCUAGGGAACAUUGCAGAAUUUGAUAAGUAUAUGAAAGCAUACACUGAGUACAGAUGGUGUACAGCUUUAUCUUUUCAUGUUCUUGUGAAAGGAUACCUUGCAAUGCCGGGAGAUUUCAGGCCUAGGGCAUUACAUAAAAUAGUUGACAAUGAAUGUUAAUGCUUGUCUUUUCGACUCUGGUCAGUUGUCCUUAAAGUAACUCCUGCAGACUCCAUCUGGCCAUCCUUAUGUGACAUUGAAAAAGUCAGCACCAUAAACUUCAUCUGACUGGCAAUUUGUUGUCGGUUUUUUUUUUUCCUGUCCAGGUAGGUGGAAUAGUAAGAAACUUCCCUUUGCUACCAAGAAACAGGAGAGAUUAUGAUAUCAAGUUUAGGUACUUCCUUUUGCUCCACUUAUUCUACUUUGCAAUGAUACUAUGGAGGGAAGGUUAAACAUGUAUUUUCUCUGCUGAAGUUUCCCUGCAUGUGGAAAAAUGAAAAUAUGAAAAAAAGUGGGUUUUUUUAUGUCAGGAGGGUUAUAUUAACAGGCCUUUCAUGUGUGAAAUGUGAACAUAUUUGGUUUUGUUCUUGUUGCUUGUGAGCUUUCAGAUGGACAAAUAUGCUAGAGAUAGACCUCAACAUGCUUGCUCCUUCCUUGUAGGAAGGUGGGUUAAGUGAUCAGUUUGACAUUCCCUCCAAGUCUGCCCUUUUAGCUUGCAUUUAGGUAUCUCUACCUAGUCUAAGUGGGAAGGCACUUUAUUUAUGCUAGGAUAUUGCUUGGUUGCUUAUGAUUUUUGGAAGUGAAAAGGCAGCUAUAUGCCAUAACGUGUAUUACUGCAUAUCUCUGAGAAAGCAUCCAUCAUGCUUCCAUUUCCAAGCUCAAGAGCUGACUGUGAGCUGAAAAAGUGAAAAGCCGUGCACUGAAGAAGCUCGUGCAGAACAUACAAGGAGUUAAGCACACAUGCUGGUAGAUCCACAGACCCAUGCUGGCUACUUGUGGAAAUACUGGUAGACUUUUAAGAGCUCAGAUUUUUUUAUAAAGCCUCAACUUUGCUAUCAUAACCAAAAAAAAAAAUAAAUAAAAAAAAAUUUUGUGAAAGAGCAAUCUUUUUAGCAUUUUAUAGUGAAUGAGGUACUUUCAAAUUUAGAUAUGCCCAUAUAUAUCAAUCUCAGCUCUGUUAUGUGGCUCUUGAUGUGACUGCUACAGAUGGAAAACCAAGAUAACUAGCUUCCUAGCUGUUCCCUUUGUAUCCCAACAAAGAAUGGAGUGGUAGCAAAGAUAAAUUGUCAAAAACUACGUGUGUUCAGGAAAUCAUAGUAGCUACCGUUGCUUCUUGAGAGCCAGUAUAGUCAGUUGCAGCUCAGAGGAACCAAAAUAUUGGUGAUUACUUGACUAAUGAGACUCAUUCAAUUUGUUCUUUAGGGCCUUGAUAUUAAUUAUAUUAUGUUAUAUUCAGUCCAAUCUACCAUUACUUUUUCAGUUAAACUCUGUAAUAAAAAAUGCCCACAUUCUCUGGUAGAAAAUAUCUCCCUUUAUUAUCUUUUUUGAGGAAAUGAUUUCUCAACAUUUUUGCAGUCCACGUGGAGUAGAACCAUAUAAUUUUCUGAAGGUACUCACUGACCUUAGGUUUUAUUUUUAUCAAUGAUUCCUACGACAGCUAUAUUGGAAUUGAGAUCUCUGUUUGUCAGAAAGUUGGCAGGACUGUAAGAAAUGCAGGCAAAUAUGUGUGUUGUAAUAUGUAUGAAAAAUCUUAAAUCUCUGGUAAACCAACAUACAUUCAGAUGUAUAUGAAUAGGUUUGGAAAAGCCCAGAAUGGUGUGCCCUGUGCACCAUACUCCUUUUAUUACAUUGUAGACUGACACUUACUUGUUUGAAACUGUACUGUAGACUUGCAUACACUUAAAAUAUGCAUUACAAAGUUUUGCCUUGACCCUGUUUUAUUCGUCUAUGUUAAGAGUUCAUUUCAAUGACGAAGUGUAAUUCCAUGAAGAGAGUGUUCAACUCCAUGGAAGGCAAAAUCUCUUCAUCAAAUGUGCUCAGUUCAAAAGAAUGAAAAAAACCAAACCAAGUGAUAAGAAAACCAAAACCCUAAUUAUAAGCUUUGCAAAGACAACUUGGCUAAAUUGAAUUUGUUCUUCCCCAGUGUAUUCACAGAAGGACCAGCUGGCUCAUGGCUCUUCGGAAUUUAAUUUGCUGCACCUAGCAUGACAGGAGAUUCUCCCUGUGGGCAAUUUGACUUCCCCAACACUACAAGCAGAACCUUAUUUCUCUACUAGAAUUAAGCACAAGUACUUUUCAGUUCACAGUCUGGAUGACAGGCCAUUCCUUCCCUCUGAAUGACAAGUUUCACCAUGUUUUCACAGGUAGCAGGAGACAGAGCAAACCUUUCCAGUGCUGGAUAAAAAGGAUGAGUGCAAAACCUAGAGAAAAACACAAAUCAGUAUUGGACACACAGGGAGCAGAGGUUAGCUGCUCAUUGUGGGGCUGUUCCUACAGCCAACAUCAGUGUGCUUUUAUAGGCAAUCACUUGCUUUGCCCAUGCCUAAAGCUGUUUUAAACAAAGUCAAUGGAGAUUCUGCUUAGUGCUUGCCCAUGACCUAUAUACCAAAGCUUAGAAUUUUGUGUGAUGCUCCAAACCUAUCCAUCCUGGUCUGAGACAUGACUGUCUUGCUGACUCCUCUGGGAAGUGCAAUUUGCAGGACUCCAGCUACAGGGGAGAAAAAAAAAAAAAAAAGUUUAUAUGUAAUUGUUUAAUCAAUAGCUGGAAGACUCCAAGCCCACAAUUUGUGAUCCUUUCCUUCUUCUCACUUUGUAUGAAGGAGACGUUUGACAGUCCAUGACAAUGUGUCUGGCACUGUCAUGAUUUAUCACCAGCCAGCAAUCAAAAUCAUAAUAGUUGCUCGCUCCCUCUUUCCCACUCCCAGGUAGGAGGGAGAAUCAAAAGAAAAAGAAGAAACUCAUGCAUUGAGAAAAAAAACACUUAAUAAAAUAAUAAAAAUAUAUUAAUACUGCUGCUAAUACAUAUAAAAUAAAAAUAUAACAUAAGUGAUACACAGUGCAAUUCCUCAUGAGCUCUGUCUGAGCUGAGCAGCCAGUCCUGGGAAGAGAGAGGACACCCUGGCCCCGACCAGCUGAUCCCAGGGAAAGAGUGAAAAGGCCAAAAAGGCAGAAAGGUGCAAAGGCCAACGGCAAAAUACAAGAACGGCAAAAGGCCAAACUAAAGAAACUCCCGAACAAAACUCAACUGAAACUGAGCAGAACAGGGAUGGAUCUCACCAUCUGGAAAACCCAGCUCCCAUGAAAUAUUAAGUAUGAUGCUAAUGGCAUGGAAUGCUCUUGUUGAUCACCCUGGCUGUUAGUUAACAUCUGUCCCGUCUAUGCCCCCCACCUUGCUGCCACACACCUGAAGAUAGAGAGCCCAGAAAGACCUCGGUCUCCUAGACAGCAGCUAGCAUUCCAACUCAAAAACACUGGAAAGUUACUUGAAAAAAACAUUAAUUCUAUCACAGGGUGCUGUCUUAUUAUUCUCAAACUAAAUCAAAAUUAUGACAGUGCUAGUUAUGAAAAAGAAGAGUUUCUAACUGCAUGGAAAAAAUUAACUUAGUUUCGUUAAAACAGCAUGGGUACUUAAGUAGGCAAACAGUAAUUGGGAGGUCUGUUUCUGAUUCAACAUGUGAAGCUGACAGUGACACAAGGCCAGUACUAACAGUUCAGAUCAUCAGUAACCCUGGCCAGCUUAUCCAGGUAUAAAGUGUGAGGUCGCCCAAGUGAGAGAACUUCUGUCUUCAGCAACACUAACUAACAAGAAACACAAGACAGGGGGGAUUCAGUCACACUGACCCCUGGGCCUCACUAAGCACAGACUUCAAAUAAGACAGAAGCUAUCCUUGGGGAUCAUGUUUCAAAGGUAUGUUUGGCAUAUGUGGCAAGGGAGUGAAGGGUACCCAGUCCAGGUACCUAGCCUACCCAGGCCUUAACACAAGGCCUUCAACAAAUUCAAGCUGCAAAUAAUGAGAUUUGUUAUAGAGAAGUUGUGCAGUAACCUGCACCACAGGCACCUUGGUCAUGUGAAAGGGCGGUCUGCUGGGAGCGAUCCCUUCUUAGCAAGCAUCUGUGACCAUGAAAGCCCAUAGUCACUUCUCUUCCUGCUGUGUUGUAUGGACCUGUUCUCUAGUGUGGUGGCCUUUCUCCCACCACUAACAGUGAUGCAAGUGAGAGUCUUCGGAUCUUGUGCCUUGUGACAGGAUUUGAUUUGCAUCUGUUGAACUCUGAUGACUGAUGUCUGAAAUCCAUCUCUGGCCAGUAUUGGAUCUGUUUGAGCACAGCAGAACUGCUCAGCAUCCUGCUGCAAAAAUCCAAGCCCACUCUUUGCUCUCAAAGACAACUGCCAGAGCUCUUGUUAAAUGGACCGUAGUUAGUCAAUAUUAAGUUGUUGGUUAUGCUCAAUGCAACACAGAAGUGAUCUAAUAUUCCUGAUGACUAUAGUUUCACUGGAUGUAGGAAUUAACACAAUUUUGUGAAUAGGUACCUUUUGCUUUUAUGACUGGUUAGCAUUAUUACACAUAUGUGAAAUACAGGUGAACUAAUUAAAUUUAUUUAUUUAUUUAUUUAUUUUAAACUGACAAGGCAAUAGCAGAACAGAACAGUGGUCUACUUGGCCUAGUAUCCUAGCUCUUGAAGUGGUCAGUAGCAGGUGGUUAGGGAAACCGGUAAGAAACUGGAUAAGUUGUAAAUUAUUCUUCCUCUUGUGACUCUCUCAGGGUCCAGCAAACAAUAUUUUAAAAAAUUUCUGGAGAUUGUAUCUGUUCUGUUGCGUUUGUGUACUACUGAACUCCUGAAGUCAAUCCACAUAUUCUUCUAAUCUAGAAUUUGUCUGCACCAUUAUCAUUAGUGACAUGUCAUGGCAAUUAAAUAAUUAAUAAUAAUACUACAUUAAUGAAUUAUGUAUUACUUGAAAUUUCUUCCAAGAUCUCAUUUUGUUUUAAACCUGCUGCUCCAUAAUUUCAUAGUGAGAAACUGCUUUUCACAGCUAAUUGUCAGUGACAUUUGCAGUUCAACAGCUAGACCAUAACAACUCAGUAAUUUCUUUUUUUAUGAAGAGCCCCUCACUACUUAGCCUUUGUAUGGACAGUAUUCUUAAGCUGCCAGGUGCACAUCACUCGUUACCCACUGAAAGCAUUGCUUUUGUGCUAAGCAAGAACAACAACAACAAAAGUGUCCUGGUUAUGUUAAAAACAAGAUCGGUUUAUCUUUUAGUGAAUUUUUCUGUCAGCUAAGUUCUUCUUAGUAACUGCACUUUUGUGAAUUUGGCUACAUGUUUUGGUAGACAUAGUGAUGGAAUGCAAGAUAGCUGGCAAGAAUACACCUCCUGUAAACAAGGAGAAGCAAACUGAACAGGUGACUAAAACUGACCAACUAAUAAUUCCAUCCCAUCCAUGUCAUAACACCAUAUAAAAGUGGGCGAUCACAAAGGUCUUGCUCUCUUUGACUAUGGUCGGCGUCUGGGGAGGACCUUGCAAGUGGUCCCUGAAACCUGAGGCCUAGUGACAGGCCCUCCAUCCCUGAAUCCAGUUCCCUUUUGCUGGAGAGUCUAGCCCAGGACUUUCAGAUGCCUGCCCUGCAGCUGCUGGAGCAGUGCUGAGCUGUGCUGGGGAAUUCAAGACUGGUUUUUUAUAUUUUGUAUUAUCUUCUCUACUUUAUUAGUAGCAUUAGUAAAACAUUUUUAACUUUUUCCAACUUGCAGGUCCUCUGACUCUUUGCCUCUCUUUGCACUCCUAUCGACUUUCCUCAGUGGAGACGGGGGGCAGUGGCGGGGGGAGAAGGGGAGUGGGUUAACAAUGCAUCUGCAGCAGUUUGUUGUCACCCUGCAAUUAAACAGUGACCAAAAGAAAAAAAAAGGAAAAAAAGAAAAAAAAGAAAAAAUAAAAGGAAAAAAAACCAAACCAAACUAAAACCAAACCAAAACAAACAAAAAAAAAAGAGAAAAAGAAAAAGAAAAAGAAAAAGAAAAAGAAAAAGAAAAAGAAAAAGAAAAAGAAAAAGAAAAAGAAAAAGAAAAAGAAAAAGAAAAAGAAAAAGAAAAAGAAAAAGAAAAAGAAAAAGAAAAAGAAAAAGAAAAAGAAAAAGAAAGAGAAAAAGAAAAAGAAAGAGAAAAAGAAAAAGAAAGAGAAAAAGAAAGAGAAAAAGAAAAAGAAAAAGAAAGAGAAAAAGAAAAAGAAAAAGAAAAAGAAAAAGAAAAAGAAAAAGAAAAAGAAAAAGAAAAAGAAAAAGAAAAAGAAAAAGAAAAAGAAAAAGAAAAAGAAAAAGAAAAAAAAGAAAAAGAAAAAGAAAAAGAAAAAGAAAAAGAAAAAAAAAGAAAAAGAAAAAGAAAAAGAAAGAGAAAGAGAAAAAGAAAAAGAAAAAGAAAAAGAAAAAGAAAAAGAAAAAGAAAAAGAAAAAAAAAGAAAAAGAAAAAGAAAAAGAAAAAGAAAAAGAAAAAGAAAAAGAAAAAGAAAAAGAAAAAGAAAAAGAAAAAGAAAAAGAAAAAGAAAAAGAAAAAGAAAAAAAAAAAGAAGAAGAAAAAAAAAGAAAAAAAGAAAAAAGAAAAAGAGAAAAAAACAGAAAAAAAAAAAGUGCACUCAUGACCUCAGGGAAAGUUGUGAGUUUGAGCUAACCAGAGAUAAAACCACUAUCAGCACUGGGAUACUGGCAUUUUAAGAAGCUCACUGGGUUGAAAGCCUGCUAGGUUUAUGAUGUUGACCUCAGCAAGUUUACCUUGCUGUCAGGGUACCUAUCAUUCC